CACACAAUGCCCCCCGUCGCCGCCUCCUCCCCCCGGGCACUGGCUGAGCUCUGCCGUCCCCGCCCCUCCCCCCGGUCUGUGAAGGUCAUUACACCCAGCCAGUCGCGGUCCAAUAUAGCGCAUGCGCCCGGGCCCUGGCAGACACGGAGCGAGGCGGCACUCUCUGCCAUACACACACAGAGCGGAAUAGAAAGGAAGGCAACAUGGCGAGGAUGCCAGGCAGCGGGGACUGCAACCCGGGCACGGCGGACACCGACCCCCUGCACGCCCAGUCCCGGGCCGCCCAGCACCGCCUGCAGCCGGGCAGCGCCGGGGAAGAAGAGGAGGAGGAGGAGGAGGAAGAUGAGGAGGAUGAUGAGGAUGAGAUCCGGGAGGUGCAGAUCACCGGGGAUGAAGAAGAGGACGAUCUGCUGCUGCUGGAGGAGGAGGAGGAGGAGGACGAUGAGCUGGAGGAGGACGACAUGCAGCUGGACUGGGACCCCGAGGAGGGCUCGCUGCUGGGCACCCCGUACCCCCGGCUGGGGGAGGCUGCCAUGGGGCACUACCCUCGCCCCGGUGCCCAGCGCCCUGCCCUGGUGCCCGGCCUGCGCUCCGGCAUGGUGGCGGUGGAGGACGUGGACCCGCUCCUGCUGCAGCUGGGGGCAGUCGGGGGCGACGGCGGGGGGAGAGAAGGCGAGCGGCCCGAGCGAGCCCGGCUGAGCGAGAACACCCGCCUGGCCACCCGCUACGCCGUGCGCAUCUUCCGCGAGUACCUGAGCGAGAAGGCGCAGAGCCCCGACUUCGAGAGCAUGGACAAGGAGGCGCUGUGCCGGGUGCUGCGCUCCUUCUACGCCGAGGCGCGCUCCAAGAGCGGCCAGCUCUACAGCAAGUCGUCCCUCAUCAGCAUCCGCUCGUCCCUCAACCGCUACCUGAACGAGCCCCCUUACUGCCGCACCCUGGACCUCACCAAGGACCCCGAGCUGCGCAGCGCCAACCUCACCCUGGCCGCGGUCAUCCGCAAGCUGGAGGAGCAGGGGGCCGGCCCGGUGGUCCAGAAGCAGGCCAUCACCAGGGCAGACCUGAGGAAGCUCUACACUUCCUGCGUCUUCAGUGCCUCCUCACCCUUUGGACUUCUCAACAAAGUGUGGUUUGAGACCUGCAUGUACUUCUGCACCAGGGGUAGGGAGAACCAGAGGGAGCUGGAAGAAGACUCCUUUGGCCUGGCCAUGGAUGAGGAUGGCAGGAGGUUUGUCUACUUCAAGGCCCUGGGUCCCUAUCACAAGUCUCGCUCUUCGACUUGGGGCAAAAAGCGCGGUGGGCCGGGUGGCGUCACUUCCACUGAGAGCGACGAGGAGAACUUGCCCCGUAUGUACGAAACUGGCACAGAAUUUUGCCCCUAUGCCAGUUUUGUCAAGUACCUGGCCAAGCGCAACCCGCUCUGCAAGGCCUUCUUCCAAAGACCCCGGGACCAUUGCAGCGAGUCGGAUGUGACUUGGUAUGAAAAUAAAGCCAUUGGCAAAAACUUGUUGGGGACUCGAAUGCAGAUGUUGUCGAAAGCGGCCAAGCUGUCGAAAACUUAUACCAAUCAUUGCAUUGGCGCUGUAUCUGUGGCCACCUUAAACAGCAUAGCUGGCAUUGGUACCAAAUUAGGGCCUCCUUUCUUCAUGGACAACAUGAAUGGGUUAAGACACAGACAGGUUAUUCCUGGCAAUACGUUUAUUCUACCCAAACCAACUGGGGGGUUGCAGGAGCCUAAAACUGAGACACCUAAGCGCCCUCUUUAUGACUCUGCCCAAUCUGUGUAUACAGGUGGGGAUGUUUGUAGCCCUCCAUCACCCAAAAGGCUAUGCUUAAGGUCUGUAGAGCCUUCAGACUGUGUUAUGGUCGUGUCUGUCAAGAGUGACCAUCAACCAUCAUGUCCAGAAACCAAUGGUCACAUGGUGCUUGCUGCCUCACCUGCUGUUUCUUCACCUCCAGUGGUGUCUCCUGUUCAGGUAAUCAGACUGGUAAGCUUUUAAUUGGAAGACCCAGGUUCAUGUACAAAACAUUACAAGUCCAAAUAACAUGCCUAUCUUGUUAGGAUUCCAUUUUACUGAUAAACCAUAUAAAACAAUCUAUAGAAAAACUACUACAUUAGAACAUGUCAAGAAAUUAUAAUCUUUUGUCUUUAAGAAUAAGUUGGCACCUUCACACGUACACAUUAGUUUACUUAGUAACACAACUACUGAGCCCUUUCAUAGUAUGCUCAGUAACUAAUUCUUUAUCCAAACUCCAUGCAGUGUUUUUCGUUUUUUACAACCUGUAUAUAACACAAGAAUAUGAACUAAAUGUUUUAUUUAUUUUUUUAAGUUAAUUGGUAAGGACAUGUUCUAAUAAUCCAGGCUUGGUUGAAGUAUGGCUUUAUCUUGUAAUUGAUGAUGUUUGAAGAAAUUUGAUAUAAAGGCUGUUGUUGGAAAUAGUUUGAUAUUGCAGGUAAGUUUUUUUUUUUUUUUUUUUUAAUGGUACGAUAACAUAAUGCAGUACAAUAUGUAGUCAACUUAUUUAUUCAGAACAGUAUUUGUUUUUUGUGUAAAAUUAGUUUUAGUGCAUUCUGUUUUAAGAUUGUGACUGUCACUUUAAUCAGCAUUUAACUGUGGUUACCAAAGUAUUACAUCUGUUUACUUUAGGUUUAUAUCCUUAAAGGUACACUAUAGUGCCAGGAAAACAUACUCGUUUUCCUGGCACUAUAGUGCCAUGAGGGUGCCCCGACCCUCAGGGACCCCCUCCCGUCCGGCUCUGGAAGGGGGAAAGGGUUAAAAACGUACCUUUUUUCCAGCGCUGGGCGGGGAGCUCUCAUCCUCCUCCUCUCCUCCCCGUCGGCUGAAUGCGCAGUCGCAGCAAGAGCUGUGCGCGCAUUCAGCGGUCGCAUAGGAAAGCAUUAUCAAUGCUUUCCUAUGGACGCUUGCGUGCUCUCACUGUGAUUUUCACAGUGAGAAUCGCGCAAGCGCCUCUAGCGGCUGUCAAUGAAACAGCCACUAGAGGAUUUGGGGGAAGGCUUAACCCAUUCAUAAGCAUAGCAGUUUGUUUAUAAAAGAAUGGGUUAACCCUAGAACAGGGGUUCUCAACCUUGCCCUCAAGGACCCCCUACCAGUCCAGGGUUUAGGGAUUACCUGGGUGUGUCUAAGGUGUUUAGAAAAAGGAAAAAAAAACACCUUAGAGUCUAAGGUUUUUUUUUUCUUCCCUUUUUCUAAACACCUUAGACACACCCAGGUAAUCCCCUAAUCCUGGACUGGUAGGGGGUCCUGAGGACUGGGUUGAGAACCCCUGCCCUAGAAGGACCUGGCACCCAGACCACUUCAUUAAGCUGAAGUGGUCUGGGUGCCUAGAGUGGUCCUUUAAGUAACCAUUGGUCAAAAUCUUUCAAAAUGACACUAGUGAUUACUAGCAGUAUAUUUAUCAAUACACAGUCAGUGUUUCUUUUUGCAGAAUUAACACGGAUUCAAUAACAUUUUUGAAAAUGGUGUUUGAAAGUGUAGUAUAGUGACUAACUGUAUUUUUUUUAUUUUUUAUUUUUAAAGGACACUAUGGGCACCCAGACCACUUAAGCACAUUGAAGUGGUCUGGGUGCAGUGUCCUAUGUCCCUUUAAACCUGCAAGUGUAAUUAUUGCAGUUAUUUAUAAACUUUAUAAUUACAUUGCAGGAUUUACUCCAACUGUUGAGGCACUUCCGGGUUGUUAGGUGACCUUUGAUAGCCUAACUGAUGCUGGACGUUCUCACGCUCUACAUGAUGACAUCCAGCAUCAGCUAAAACCCCAUAGGAAAGCAUUGAUUCAAUGCUUUCCUUCCGGGUAGUGCUUAUGCGAGUGCAGCACUCGCGACGCAUGCACAUUAAGUCCCCGAUAUCAGAGGAGCGCAGGCAAAGCCUGACCCAGUGCCAAGGGACAUCGGUGCUGUAUUCAAGUAAGUGACAGAACAGGUUUUGCACUGUAGGAGGAGGGAUACCAUUUUUUUUCCUAACCUAUAGUUUCCCUUUAACUUAGUGCUUUUUAUAUUCCGUAGGUUGCUAUAUUAUAUUAAAGGGACACUACCUGCUGUACCUUUAAAACAAUGCAUAAUUGUGCUAUUGAAUGUAAAAACAAACAAAAAGACAGCUUUUAUGUUGCAUACAUUAUUCCCGAUAUUUAGAGCUUUUGCUUUAAAGGGACAUGCAUCACUUUGAAACAACAGUCUCAUUCAAAAGCUUUAACUUUGAAUGAAACUGUUGCAUCUCUCUACAUGCUUCUUCUUUCUUGUGCUUCCCACAUCCACUCCAGGAGGGAUGCUGAUCUAACCAAUCAGCGUCCUAUCCCCAGGAAUUCUAGAAAAGUACAUUGGGCAUGCCUGGCAGAUCUAGAUCUCUUCAUCUAGCGACAUGCUGACAGAGGGAGUUUGAUCAGUGUGAUCAUGCAGGCUCCGGUGCUGGCUUUCUCUCUCUUUUUGCUGCAUAAUGAUGCCUUGUUUCUGUCAUUAGUGGACAGAUCUGAAACUGAGCUUGAUGAAUAGCGGCGGUGGGGGGGAGGCAGAACAAACUUCCCUAUCUGAGGAUAUUGCCCAGUAAUAUAAUAUCACAAAGUUUACAGUAAGUUUGCAUACAUUUUAAAUGUUGUUUUUUGGCUUUAUUUUGUAUAUUUGUUUUUGCUUGCUGGUUUACAAAAUGUAUUAUGUCCCUUUGAUUUCCAUAGAAACCAGGAAGUGCUCAGAUAUAGAUUCACUCAGUGCUCACUGAUAACACUGGAUGUUUAAAUUCAGCUUUUGGCUCUCUGACAUUGUGUAUUGUAUGCCGCAAGUAGUUUAAUUCAUGAAAUAAACAUGAAUGAAGCUAUUGUAGUUAUUUGCAGUGGCAUAUAUUAUCUUUAUUUGUUAUGAAGGAAAGUAAACUCAGAACAUCUUGCUCAAAAAAAGUAUAGUAUAGCUCUCUUCAGCAAUUCCAUUCAUGAGAAAUCUUCAAUGAAACUGCUGUGGCUGACAGCUACUGAUACCUCCAGAGGAGUGCCUGUUCCAAGUAACUUUGUACCAUAACCUAGACAGGGUGCCUUCAAAAGGGACACUAAAAUGCCAUAAACACAACAGUUUGAUGCAGUGGUUAUGGUGCAUGGAUAAUGUAUGUUCAAUAUUUCUUCUUGAAAUGCUGCCACUAAUGGGAUAUUUCAGUCAUUUGCUCGAGGUGUAUCUCCUCCCCAGCAUCUGUCCAUUUGCAUUUCCAGAACAAAAAGUGCUGGCUCCCUUUUUCUAUUUUAUGCAAGUUGGGCAAUUGUCAUCGCCACUUGUUACAUGGUGACAUCGUGCUCAAAGCCUCUCACUUGUGAAGGCUGCAACUGCUGUGUGCACACACUACCUGACACUAUCACUCUAAAAACUUCCUCUGAGGCUAAGAGUACUUAUUGCGCAUGUGCUCUGUUUAUGGCCGGGAACUGCAAGAUGAGGUCAGGAUGGAGUCGUAUAUAGCAGGUUGGAGGAUAUGAAUUGUGAGAUGUGUUGUCACUGAUCUAGCCAUUUUUGAAUAAGUAAGAUCUGCAAUUCUGUCAUUCUCUCUGAGAAGUAUUGAAAUGGACGAUGUAUGGCACUAUCUAGAAAGUUAGUGUUGUCAAAUAAAGACGAUGGAUUGUCAGCUGCAUAAAUCCGUUCUGCUGCUAAUGACAGGGAUGUUUUAGGUUUAUGGAAGAGACUAUAUAAAAGUUAUAAAAGCAUUUUUUCCACAAAUACUGUAACCAAAUACAGAGAAAAAAUAAAUGUGUAUUUUCUAGUGUUUUCUAUUAGUUCUGAUACAUAACAGGUAAAGUUAAUAAGUAAGUGAUUAUGUCCCUUGUUUUAAAUCAGACCUUUCCAAACCAGGUGUCCUGUGUCUCCUGUGCUUAUCCCUAAAUUAUAUUAAAUAAGCACUCUAACAUUAAAAUACUAUAUUCGAGUUUAAAGGGAAACAAUACUGCUGUGCAAUGGCCGCAAUCACAUUAUGAUUUUUCCAUUAUACAAUGCUUUCCUGUGGAGUUUUGGGUGGCGCUGGAUGUGCCCAUGCAUAGCAUGAGUACGUUCAGUAUCAGUUAGCUGAACCAAAAGUUGCCUAGGAGCCCGGAAGUCUCUCUACUGCUGUCUGGUAGACAACAACUAAAGAUAGAGUUAACCCUGAAAGUUAAGGGACCUGGGACAGUGCCCCCAGACCACUUCAAUGAGCUGAAGUGGUCUGGGUGCCUAUAAUGUCCCUUAAACUUUAAGAAGGGUUUACUACAAUAAAUCAGUAGAACCACAAUUCAUACACACACAAAACAGUCAUGUUACAUUUUUCUCCAGUGGUGAGUCCUGCACCCCUUCGCCCACGGGAGACUCUCAGUGACAAAGGUCUUCCCUUCCGCUUUAUCUGAAACUGUAACAUGCUUGCCACGUGCCUCGAAUGCGCCAGUCAGAUGCGCUAAUCACCCAAUAAACUGCUUCUCAUAGGGAAGCAUUGACUAAUCCUUGGAAGCUCCUCAAUUCCUCCUUAACGAUCGUUAAGUGCAUACAACCAGGAAGCCGUCCUGGCUGUCAGUUUGACUGACUGUAUAUUUCCACAUUUUUUUAAAUUAAUUAAAAUGCAUAAGCAAGCUGAGGUGCUCUAUACAUCUGGAGUGUUCCUUUAAAUUGGAUGGUUCGUGAAAAACAUUAUGAACAUUUGUUUUUCUUGUGUGAACUUUUUUUUUAAUUUUUUUAUUUUUUUUACGUAUUCUGUAGUCCCCUUUAUUUCUUUGUAUUUUGGAAGCAGGAAUGUCCUCUUGAAGUCUGCACAGCCUCAGAUAUAGGUGUAAUAUAUGUUUAAUCUUUGGCAGAGAAAAGUAUGGAUAUAUGCCAUUUCUACUUAACAUUCUUAUCAGUGCAUUUUUACAGGUCAGUAGUUUAUGGCUGACGUGUUUCUUGGGGUAAAGGAGGUAUCAUAUUGUGUGGCAUCUUUCCAACUAAGAUGCUUUGUUCUAGAGGAUUAUGUGCAAAUAGAAUUUGUGGUCGGCUCUUAUAUUAAAAUGACUUACAAACACUGCGCAACUAUUAUAGCGCCAAAGUAAAUGGUUAUGAACUGCCCUUAAAACAGGACCAAAAGUUUGUUUUCACGUCGUCUGCUGAUACUUAUUCUUUCCUAAUUAUUAAUAGUCCACUCCAAAUAUUAUAAUGUACAGGGCAGUGCUUUUCUCACUGAUGCAUUGACAUGGUGAUUCAUGGUUCUUAUACAUUUUUUAAGUCUUCGCUAAAGGAACAUUCUAAGCACAAUAACCACUACUGUAGUAACGAUUACCUAGGGUCUGCAGGGCCUAACUUGUUGGAGUAGUGGUGCCCGGUAGACCUUAGAUAAGUCGAAUUACUUCCAAACGGUUUGACUACUUUACAUUGGGUGCACCUGGCAUCAUAUCUCUUACAGCAUUAUGUAAUUGCCUCUUAAAGGAACACUCCAGGCACCAUAACAACUGGUUUAAGUUGAAGUUGUUAUGGUGCCAGGAGGUCCCUGGCAUUUCUUUACCUUUUAGGAGUUAAAUCAUUCACACAAAAUUUUAACCCCAAAGUCUACCCUGCAGCGCCAUUUCUCCCUGUCCUGUCGACAUCCGUUUUCAGAAAUUCUCCUAAAAAAAAUUAUGCUGCUGAUUGGCUUAGAACAGUCAGCUGACACUUUAAGCCGCUCAGUAGCUCCCUGUUCAUAAAAACAACAAAAAGGUACGUAUUAUAAAUUGUAGGUUAGCACAGAUUGGGAAUUUCUAUUUCAUAAAAGUGACCAGUAAAACGUCUGCAAUAAUUUUUUUUUCUCUACCUUGUAUGUUUCACCGAAUGAUUUUUGUCCCCUCUACUAUCAUUAAAGUUUUGUUUGCUUGUUUGUUUGAGCUGUUUUCCUUUUGGUUUUCCUGUAUAUUUCAUGUGGUUUAUUUGAUUUCGUAUGUGUUACCUCAUGAGGUUUCUGUUUUAGUAAUUCAAGAUACUACAUUUGUAUUCUUGUUUGGGCAGUAACUACAAUAGCUUUUUACCCUAUGUAACCUAUCAAGUCUUUACUAAACAAUAGAGCUGACUGGAAAUUUGCAAAAAAUAGGUCAGUACAGCCAAGCGGGAAAAUAAAAUGUUAUCCUGUCUUACACUUGUACAUUGGUUGGUAUCUACUCAGUUUAGAAAAUGGAUUAAUCAAAGAGUUGCCACCUUCUUUUUUUUUAAAUUUAUUUUUAUUUUUUUUUAUACCAAAAAAAGAAUAAUGGUCACUGUUAAGAUUGAGAUAGCACCAUUAAAGCUUAUAGGCAAGUGAAUUACUAAUAUGGCAAACCUUUCAUGUCUUCACUUCUUAAAGGGACACUGUUGGAUCAAGCUGGUCCCUAGAAUAAUAAAUACCUGGUUUUUGUAGCCCCUCUUUUGGUGUAUUUUUAGCAAAUUAUGGACUUCCCUUUGUUUUCCCACGAUUUAUAGUAUGUGUUGAUGUUGUCUAUUUUGGAUGCGAUAUGCCCCUUUGUUGAUCAGAGAAAAAGCUAAUAGCAUUUGUUUUAUUAAGGCUAGACAUGAUUUAAUAUCAUUUACAGGCUUUAUCUUACAAAGCUCAAUGGCUGAGAUAGCAUUGCAGUAGCAAAAAAAUAAUUGUAUGUCUGUAUGAAUGUCUGGGUUGCCCAGGCCAAUCACAUUGCUGAAGAGGUGUGAUACAAAGAUUGAAAUCCCGCACAUUACACAGUACAGCAGAUUAAAACAAUGGACCGCCGGUGUGAUUCAGCCAAUGACGUAGAACUCAAAUUGCAGUUUCUAAUUUGUAAACAAAUAUGGAACUGAGUGAAUAACCCUGCUGGAUGUUCUGGAUACAAGUGGUCAGUUCCAGACAAGUUUUGAUAGUGACGGGUAUUACAGUGUGGAUUUUAUAACUGCAUUCCAGCAAGCUCUCCACGAGCUGAAUCUGCAGCUGUAGAUGGGGAAAACACAUAAUCCUUCUACACAAUUAGCUGUUAACCGUAAAAAGAGAUGGCACUCGCCAAACGGCCAGGGAAUAUUAUCUCGAGGUGCACACAGGACCAGAACAGCAACCCAGAUACAGAUAUAGCAAAAUGAAAAAAGAUCCAACUAUCAAUAACUCCCAGAGCCCUGAUUUGGUAUGCUCCAGCAAAACAAUAAAAACCAAUAAGGGUUUUUACUAAGCCUGAUUCAGUCCCAAUAACGGCUCAAUAAGAGGUGGAAUCUUUGCUAGGGGGUUCUAAAUAAAUCUCUGCUCUGGGAAUUUGUGAGUACUGAUUCUUUUUUUUAUUUGGCUACCAUAAAGUAUAGCACAGGGUAUGCAACCUUCGGUACUCUGGAUGUUGUAAACUACAUCUCCCAUAAUUAAAAGAAAAGUUACCUGCUCUCUUCCCAAUCCCUAUGCAUAUUUAAACAAAUGGAGGUUAUUUAGUUGCUCCAAUGGCCAUGAGAGGGUAUGCCCUCCUGCCACGUCAAGGCUAAUACAUCUCCUAUGAUGUUCUCACAGCCGUAAUGCUGGCCACAGCAUCUGGAGUACUGACGUUUGUCUACCCCUGUAUAGCACAACAUCUAAAAAAUAGAUUGGAUAGUUGUAAGGAGUAGAUUUUAAAUGAUGUGGCACCUUUUAAAGUAUUUAAUCCUGCCCACACUUUAAGAACCUUAUGCAUAGAUUACUUUAAAAUCCAAUUGACUUUAAACUAAAACACCCAUCACUGUGGGCUGCUUUACGUAGCAUAACUCUUGACUGAUUUAGUCAUCUGAACAUGUGUUACUAGGUAUAUGAUUUCCGUAAUAACAUUGCAUUUUAUGGUUCACUGAAGAUGCAUAAAAGACAUUUACUACAUGUACUGCUUUUAGCCAGCAAGCAACAUGUCUCAAUUUAGCAAAACCCAUUUCUACCCCUUUCCCUAUUUGUAAGCACACCAUUAAUAUUUAAAGGAGAGUUGGUAAUAUGUCAUCUAAGGUUAAUGUGUAUGCUAAUUGUAAUCAGUAAAGCGCUGGUGGGGCAAUCCUUUUUUUAUUUAUUUAUAAAACCACUGCCUUCUUUAAACAGGAGCAGGGUUAACUAAAAAUUAAGAACAUGCUUGGUCCUGAUUAUACCAGUGGAAUCAUUCUAAUAACUAGUUUGGGGAUGUUAAUGUUUCUGGCCUGAGACCAGCAAACCUCCCAGCUAGAUAGAAAAAUUGCAACAUCCUUUUCAAUUACACACUUUGAUUGUGUGCUAGCUCUAUCCUAAAUGUGUGCAUUAAAGGAAACACACACAAACACAAUUGCCUUGUAUAAACACUAUUGUUCAUUCAGAUUCUGAUAGACAAGGGUUAAACCCGUCAGGUAGUGUUCUCAGGUGCUUGGCAGUCUGUAAGGGAGGUCAUGUGAUAUAGGAGUUUUCCAUUCAGUUGCAGGGCUUGUCUAUGUUAAUUAGAUGUCUUGUAUUGGUGCAACAGCAGACAUGUGACAGUUCACUGAGGUUUUCUGUUUCACCUCAUUUGACAUCGGAGGUCAGUGACUGACUGUAGUUGUUUUUUUUUUUUUUUCUUCUUUUUCUUUUAUUCCCCUCCUUUCUUUCUGACGUCAAAUUUCUUCCCUCCGGCACCUUUUAAGCCUGAAGAAACUAAAGCAAAUUAUUGGCCAAUGUUGACUGAAUGUGAGCUGAAAAUCUAGUUAUAGAACUGUUGGCAAUUUUCAAAUAUUAAAAUAUAACUUAAAGAACACAGAGUGAUGAUGAAUAUACACUGAAUUUAUUGUGUUCAUGAUGGCUUUAUGAAGAAAUUUGGAUUCUGAUGAAGGGAAAAUGGUAGUGCUGUUUGCUGUUUCUUUUUUUACUUUUACAAAUUGGGAUUUAUUCACUUAACUGAGUUGUGGAGCAUUGAUCAGAGAAAUAAAAACGAUUUGGAGAUUUCAUUUUGAUCCAUAUUUUUUUUACCAACAUUUUCUAUUUUCAUCUUGGCUGUUUUUAACUUAUGGUCUCCAAUUACAUUAUCAAUUCCAUUUUCAGUGAAUAAGACCCAUUGUAUAUCACAACAUUGACUGAUUUGCAAUACUUUUUAUAAAGGUAAUUUUUUGCCUUUUACUAGUGUACGCAGGCUUUACUGAUUUUAAAGACUAGUAUAAUUAAUUUUCUUUGUGUUUUAUUAUUUUGAUUUAUUUUUUGGACAUUUUUCUGUUUGUGAAUUUGCUUUAGUAAACAUCAGUAUUCAGUUCAUGAUCUGUGUAUAUGCAGAUUGUGGUCCGAAUUGAGUCUGUGCAAGGUGUUUUCACAAAUGUUUAAAAGGAUUGUUAUUCCUAAAAAUAAACAUUUCAGUGUAAAAAAAUUUAAAUAUUCUGGUUCAAUGAAUGCUGAUUAUAGUUCCUACCUAAACAAUGGUAGCUUUUAAAGUGGAACUGUCACUACUUUGAAAACUAAACCAUUUAAUAAUGUAGACCAAGGUAAGUGGUCACACUUUUAGCAAAUGGCUUAAUAACUAAUAAUUGGGAACUCCUGACACAAUAACAACAAUUACAAUGCGCUGUAGUGGUGAUGGUACUUGGAGAGUUCCUUAUUAUUGGGAUCUGAAAGAGCCAAAUAUAGAAACAUAGAAUGUGACGGCAGAUUAGAACCAUUCGGCCCAUCUAGUCUGCCCAAUUUUCGAAAUACUUUCAUUAGUCCCUAGCCUUAUUUUAUAGUUAGGAUAGCCUUAUGCCUAUCCCACGCAUGCUUAAACUCCUUUACUGUGUUAACCUCUACCACUUCAGCUGGAAGGCUAUUCCAUGCAUCCACUACCCUCUCAGUAAAGUAAUACUUCCUGAUAUUAUUUUUAAACCUUUGUCCCUCUAAUUUAAGACUAUGUCCUCUUGUUGUGGUAGUUUUUCUUCUUUUAAAUAUAGUCUCCUCCUUUACUGUGUUGAUUCCCUUUAUAUAUUUAAAUGUUUCUAUCAUAUCCCCCCUGUCUCGUCUUUCCUCCAAGCUAUACAUGUUAAGAUCCUUUAACCUUUCCUGGUAAGUUUUAUCCCGCAAUCCAUGAACCAGUUUAGUAGCCCUUCUCUGAACCCUCUCUAAGGUAUCAAUAUCCUUCUGAAGAUACGGUCUCCAGUACUGUGUACAAUACUCCAAGUGAGGUCUCACCAGUGUUCUGUACAAUGGCAUGAGCACUUCCCUCUUUCUACUGCUAAUACCUCUCCCUAUACAACCAAGCAUUCUGCUAGCAUUUCCUGCUGCUCUAUUACAUUGUCUGCCUACCUUUAAGUCAUCAGAAAUAAUCACCCCUAAAUCCCUUUCCUCAUAUGUUGAGGUUAGGACGCUAUCAAAUAUUCUGUACUCUGCCCUUGGGUUUUUACAUCCAAGAAAAAAAAAAAAAUACUCUGUCUUAAAGUGACACUAUAUUCACCAUAAUAACUACAGCUUAGUGUACAUGUUUUGGUGUCUAUAGCCUGACGUUCUGCAUCUCUACCCUCUGGAUGGAGGCUCUGAACUUUUCCCAUAAAGAUGCAUUAGGUCAAAGUAUCUCUAAAAGGAGAGGCUGAUAAAGCAGCUUUUUGAUGCCCAUGCGCAAUAGCUUCUCAAUGCUUUUCUAUUUUCAAGUUUGAUGAUCUCAGUGAAGGUGGGCGGGGAGUAAGUCACCUUUUUAACCAGAGGUAAUAGGGGGGAGGGGGCGGGGCUUGUAACCUAAGCAGCAAUUUAGGCCUGUAGUGUCACGAAAUUGGCAGCUAAACGAAUACACUUGUAUUCCUGACACUAUAGUGUUCCGCUAACAUAGUAGUUUUUUUUGUUUGUUUUUUAGCCCUUUUAAAAAAAAAGGCAGAGGACAGCGUUGUUAACUUUGUUCCAAUGUUACAAAUAUCCCUUUUCAUUUUACCUUUUUAUAUUUCUUAAGAUUACUUCCUUUGCCAUGUGACAUGACCUGUUGUACAUGGUGACCUCUCACACAAUUAGGAAAUGCUAACAGGCAGUGGCACUUUGUCAUUGCAUUAGUUAAUAGUAGAAGCCCUUUUCCUGCACAUUCUAGAUGGACUUCAGACAUUCAGGUGUCUCUAGUCCAGUGUUCUGCAAGCUUUUAACAGCCGCGGCCCGACGAAAAUAGGAGAAAUAUUUUGCGGACCAAUGUCAGCCAGAAAUAAAAAAUAAUGGUGUGUGUGUGUGUGAGGGGGGGGGGUGCACGGGAUGUGUGAAGUGUCUUAAUUUUGGUACGGGGGGUGAUCAGGGAGAAAAUGUAUACAAUUUACUUGAAAGGGGGGGGAAGCUUUAUGCCCCCAUUCUUACCUCUGGCCUGGAAGGAGGGCACAUAACUGCAGUUCUGGUGGUGGCGCAUGCACUUCAGCCCUCAGCUCCUCUGGCUGCAGGCUGGCCUCACUAUUUUCCUCCUGUGAGCACAGCGCUGUGUGGGAAUGUUGCCAUGGUAACGCGCGACAACACUCCAACCUGCCUAUUCUCAGUAGGAUCACAGCCUUCUGCAUCCUCCUCUGGCCCUGCAGUCUCCUGGGUCCUACAUCCCACUCCCUUAACACUUAUGGAGCCCUUAUCUUUCCUUUGUUUAACCUAAGGGGUUCUAACUCAUUUAAUCACCUUGAUUAUGGUGAUACCCAAAUACCAGGCAGACAUCUUAGAAGGGUUGGGAGUUAAUUUAGAACCUCUAACACCCAUAUAAACCAGGGAAGGACAUAACCCUAUUUUGAAAUGUGAGAAGACCCCUCUCAGAGUGAAUUUCACAAUGUCACUGGUAGGUGUACUAUGGGGCUAGAGGCUCCAAAUGAGGCUCUACACCCUAAGACAACCUACCUCACACAACACUCAUAUAAAUCAAAUGAUUAUAGCAAAUGAUUUGCCAUAGUAAUUUAUAUUAUUUAAGACUGCUCCGUUACUUUAGAACUCCCGUAUAAACACUUAAACAAGGUAAGUGUUCCCUUUGAAAAGAGAGAGCCUCACUUUAGACACGAAAAAAAAAACAAGAAAUUUGAAAAUGUUUAAUAAAGAUUAAAUAAAAAAAAAAAGAAUAAAACAGAAAUCCUUUGGAUGGGAUAGAAAUAAUUACUAUUUUAUUCUAAGUUAUGGGACAGUAUAGGCACCCAGACAAGUUCAUCUCAUUGAAGUGAAAAAUUCAGAUAAACUGGAAUGUUUAUAUUGCAGGGUUAAGACUGCCCCUAGUGGCUGUCUACCAGAUGCUUUGCAUGAGGACAGCUAGCAACUUUUAAAAUACCCAUGCGCAUUAGGCCCCUCCGUUAGUUGGUGGAGGAGGAGAGCAACCCAACUCCAAAGGCAUCAGUUCUGGAGUAAAGUAAGUUACUUGAAAAAGUGGGAGAGGGGUGGUCAGAGGAACACUUCUAGUGUCAGGAAUACUUCUUUGUAUUCCUAACACUCAGGUGUCCAUAUAAGGUGUAACUGUCAGUUCUCUGGAAUUUAUACAAUUUAAUAAAACAUUGAAAAUCCCCUAUAAUUUGUCUUAGCCUUUUUCUUAGGGUACGCUCCAUUAUCUUUUACAUUUAUAUUGAAGAGUUAGCAAUAUACAUUGCAGUCCAAUUCAGACAAGGCAAAGCCAGAGCACAAACUGCAAACAAAGAUUAGAAAUAGAAACACUGCAUGCUCUCUACCCCUACUGCCAAUUGCAAAGGACAAAGCUACCCCUACUGCCAGAUGCAAAGGACAAAGCUACCCCUACUGCCAAUUGCAAAGGACAAAGCUACCACUACUGCCAGAUGCAAAGGACAAAGCUACCCCUACUGCCAAUUGCAAAGGACAAAGCUACCCCUACUGCCAGAUGCAAAGGACAAAGCUACCCCUACUGCCAAUUGCAAAGGACAAAGCGUAUAACAAUGAUUGACAGGGAGCUAAGAUGGAGGUGACCAUUUACAGGAUAAAACUGUGAGGAUUUUUACAUGUAAGUUAAUUUUUUGCACAUAACAAAUACAUAUUUGUUAAAUAUUGGUAUAAGUGAAGAUAAUAUUAAAAAUUUUAGGAAGUGACAGUUUUCCUAAAUUUGUUAAUACAAUAGUAGCGAUUAAUGCUUCGUAAUAUUUUAUUCCAACAAGAUAAAGCUUUUAUUGAGGAGCAGUGUUGCGAGAAUUUCGUAUAUUUGUUUCUUUUGUCAGACCAUUUUCCAAUUAUUUGACAAACAGCCUCUUCUGGUACAAAAAAGGCCAUUCUGUCUUCAGCUACUAAGAGGAUUUAGGGGUUUCACUUCCACAUAAUUUGUCCAAAGCUGUCCAAGCGUAGACUGUAGUGAUGUACAAAAAAAUGACAUGAGCCCAAUGCUAAUCUACUGUUAAAUAGAUAUUAAAUCUUUAUUUUUAGAUCUUAAUUUUUUUUUAUUACCCUAAAAACAUACUGUCAAGAAGAAUAAAGUUUUACAUGCUGUAGCAACAUUUUCUGUUCUACCAAAGCCUUUAUUUUAAUUAUCACUGCUCAGACCCACUCUACUGAAACUAGACCCACUCUACUGUAUUAUUUUUUCUAUAAACUUAAUUGUUCCACAUUCACAUCUUAUUUUGAAACAGUGAUUUAUUUAUUUUUUAAACACGAUAAUGUGCUUUAAACACAUCAGCAACAUUUUUCAGUGUCACAUGGGUGCUUACUUAAUAAAGUUACUAUGUAUGUGCAUUUGUCUAAAAAAAAAAAAAGUUAAUUUUCAGUUCUCCAGUUCUUAGUUGAGUAAAUAACUCCAAAUGCCAAUACCUAUAGUGUGAUAUUGUUAUAAAUUAUUUUACUUAUUACUUCCAUGGUGUUCUUUGGAGGCAAGUGGUCCACUAAUGAAAUCUGAAGUACAUUAGCAGAAAUUACCUGGCUUGUCAAUUAUGGAAAACACCUAUUGCGGAAAUUUGAUUUGGUGUAAGCCUGCCCAUGUAAGACACAUAUUCAGCCCUUGCAUCAUAAAAACUUGACAUGCCUGUUUAUGGGUGGCUUAAAGGACCACUAUAGUGCCCUGAGGGUGCCCCCACCCUCAGGGUCCCCCUCCCGCCCGGCUCUGGGGAGAGGAAAGGGUUAAAUCUUACCUUUUUUUCCAGCGCCGGGCGGGGAGCUCUCCUCCUCUCCUCCCUUUCGGCUCAAUGCGCACGCGCGGCAAGAGCUGCGCGCGCAUUCAGCCGGUCUCAUAGGAAAGCAUUUACAAUGCUUUCCUAUGGACGCUUGCGUGUUCUCACUGUGGUUUUCACAGUGAGAAUCACGCAAGCGUCUCUAGCGGCUGUCAAUGAGACAGCCACUAGAGGAUUUGGAGAUUUGGAGGCUGGAUUAACCCUAUUAUAAACACAGCAGUUUCUCUGAAACUGCUAUGUUUAUGUUUAUAUUUAUAUAUAUAUAUAUAUAUAUAAAAGGGGUUAAUCCUAGAGGGACCUGGCACCCAGACCACUUCAUUAAGCUGAAGUGGUCUGGGUGCCUAGAGUGGUCCUUUAAUAGCUCAUGAAUUUAGGGGUGAGUUGGAGAGGGUUACCAUAAACGUACAAAAUUCUCUACAACAAUGUAAUAUGCCAGGUUCUGCUCUCCAGUGAGAACAGAAUGGCAGCUUUGUUAGAUCCGGAUUCUGCAGAUGCCGAAUGCUGAUACUGUCAUUCUAUGCUGAGAGCAUUAUCUUCGCACACUAACCCUGUGAGUUAGUUUGUCCAUAAACUAUGCACAGAAUUAAAAUUAGCCAGCCUGAAACACUCAUACUAAAAUAUUGCACAUACAGUGUCGUUCCACCAUGACCACUUAAAAAAACUGAUGUGGUUAUGGAGCUUGAAGUAACUCUUUAAAUGUUACCAGAAACUUUUUCAAAGAUUUCUGAUAAAGUUGCUGCAUGGAAAAAAAAAAGUAAAAAUAUACAAAAGCCAAUACAUCUUAAAAGUAUUAUGUUAGCUUAUAGGUUUUGACAUCUGUGUCCGCUAUUAAAUGUACAGACCCACGUAUCAUUUAGAAGAUUUUCUAAUUUUUGAAUGACAAUGCACUCCUUAUAAUUAUGUAAGCGCUCAAAAUAAUUUAAAAUAUUCUAAGAAUCUCUGUCACUCCCACAUUCCAAACUCACAUCUAUUACAAGAUGUUUUUUUAGCUGCACUAGAUGUGUAAAAUUACUACAGACAAAAAAUUGAGGAUUUUAUGCAUGCUAAAUUGUGAUUGAUGUAUGUCUGCAGGGUAUGUGUAGACUGACUGGUUUCAUAUGACUUCAUGUUGUAAUGUGUCAUCUGAAUUUGUAAAUGUAAAUACUAAAUUUAUGUACCACUUAUCAGACUUUCCACUCUAGAAUGCAUCUCUUUUCCAAAGUGAGUUUACACAGAAACUACAAUGCAAAUAAGUACAGUUCAGCACAUAUGAGUUGAUUACUAUUGUCCUUCCAUGGACAAGGCCAAAGCCCAUUACAUUUCAAACUUGGACUCAGUCGAGACGUGCUCUGAUAUUAGCGCUGUUAGACUUGUCUGUCUAUCUUGGGCAUUGAGGGUUAAAUUAUUUUAACAUUUCUUUUGAUUUCAUGUAACCAUAACUGAAAUUUUUUUUAAAAUGUAGAUGGUCUCCUUCUCCACCCCAGUUUCUCCAAAAAUAAACACUUUAGGUAUGCAAAUGCAAGGAAGAGGUUGUGAAUAUAUUCCUCUACUUAAAGCCUAGCUUGGCAACAGUCAAUUUAGAUUUUAUUUUCCUGUUUUAACUUGUCUUUAGCAGAAUAACAUGUAGAUUAUAUUAAUCAUACAUUUAUUAAAAUAUUUUAAGAUAUGUGUGUUCAGAAUAAUGUGGUGGUGGGGCAGGGGUACCUAUCGCCAUUGCAUGUGGGUUUGCUCAAGCCGAUUUCUUUCUGUGAAAAGAUGGCCAAUUUCUUUGUUAGAUUCCUUUGACCCAUAAGCUCCUAACUCUCAAAACCCAUGGACUCUUUAAUUCUCUCAAAAUUGGCAGCUAAAGUAGAAUUAUCAGCUUGUUCCCUGGCAGAGUUAUGUGCAGUCACAUUCUGGAUGUGACAUCCCUCAUUUGAAAAUAAAAACAUGGAAGCUUUGUAUGUGGAGAAGCCAUUGUCCAUGUCAUUUCACAAUCUGAGAUUCUCUGCUCAUGGGUUCAUCUUUCUUUUUAAUCGUAACCGAACUACCUUUUCAGCUUCCUGUGGCCUAUCCCGCUGGUCAUUUGGAAUCAUUUUAAAGUUUGACUUACAUAUAUGCCUAUCCCUACCAUGCACAUCGCCAAUAGCCCAUCACAAAGUACUACUAUUGAGUGCCACACACAAUCCUCCUUCCCAUUCUUUCUUAUCAUGUUUUCUUAAGGUUUCUUUUAUGGGAAAUUAAUGUUAAAACUGCCUUGCGAGAUGGACAGGUCAUGUGUUAGGGAUUACAAGUAGAUUGAGACGAAUGGAGAAAGGUUUCAGGUAAUUAGUGGGUUGAUGAGGUUAGUGUUAGUAUAAUAAUAGGAGUUUAUGCCUGUGGUUUGGAAAGUAAAUAUUUUGGUGGGGUUGUACUUCUGAAGUGCCAAUAAAUGAAUUUGAUGUAGCAAUAGGAAUGUACAGAUUAUUUGCUUUCUGUACUGUGCCUUACAGGUCUAAGGUAGGGUUGAAUCGUAUUAGGGAACUUACUGUGAGACAAAAAACAAACAAAAAUCAGAUACAAGUGUGAGAAUCUAAGAUAGAUGAUUCGUCACUAACAGGGAAUUAAUUCAUGAUCCAGUUAUUGGCAAUGUGCUCUAAUAUAAAACAUAGUAACCAUUUUGAUUUCAGCAUUGAUACCUGCUGAAUUAUCUAUUUUUGGCAUUUAUUACAACACAAUGGAAGUUGUCGGCACUUGCAAUGCCAGCAGAAGUUUGUGGGAUAUGUAGUUUAUCCUUCAGCCACAGUUCUACUCAGCAGGAAUGAUGAGUGGAACUGAUAAGUAAGCAGACAUCAGCUGCUGUAUAACUGCUAUCGGUUUAAUAGAUUGGAAUAGUAGCUGAACUGGGUGAAACGUUGCUUGUUCCACUGGGUCUGGAGUUCAAGCUCUUUCAUUUAUUUAUUUUUUUGCUCAAUUUAAUGACCAUACUUACAGAUAUUUUAAUUAUUUUUAAGAAUAAAAGAUGGGAAUACACAACUGUGUGAAAUGGCACUUUCUUUCAAUCACCUGGGGUUGCUUAGUGACACUAACAAAUUGUAAUGUGUUUUCCAAUUAUGUAUAUGUUGCUGAUAAAAUCAGAUGCCACACCUGAAUAUUUCCUCUUGGUUGGUUGGUUUUACUGACUUCCUGAUACAAUCAGAAAUGUGGUAUGCUUUAAUGACACUUCAUUAUUAACCUUUUCACCAGUUAGCACUUUUUUGUUUGCAAAUUAGUAUAACAUUUAUUGGAAACAUGGGUUACAUAUUUAACAUAUAAACACAAAACAGCCACAUCAUAUAUAGAUUGGUGUUCAGAAAAACAUGAAAAUUUAAAUUUUUGUUUUUCAUUUAUUUCUUGUUAAUUUUCAUUAAUUCAUCCUUUAUAGAAGUAUUGAAGAAAUGUAAGACUUUAAUCGGUAUCCAAUAUCCCUUAUGUUGCAAUGUUUCACACAGGGUCUGAAAUAAAAUAAAAACAAAAUGUCAAUGUAAAAAUGUUAGCAUUUGAACAUAAUCCUCAAUACCGUAAGUGCAGUAAAAUCUAAUAUUUUUAAUAUAAAAUGUGUUAUUGCAAUAAGACUUGUGCACAGCAAAUACAUUUUUGUUUUUCUUAAGUAAAAAAAAAAUGUGAGUCAACUCAGGAUUCGUCUGCGUGGCGUUCUCUGUUUGAAUGAAUUUCGCCCAUACAACCAUUUUUGAAAAAAUUAUGUAAAUGAACCAAACAAGUGAAAAUUGGCCAGUGAGCUGCACUGACCGGGUGUAGAGCUGCAGACCGUGUUAUAGACGUCUCGCGAGCUCCCAGAGUGUUGCCAUGGCCUCUAUCACACGGUCUGCAGCACUGCACCCAGCGGAGCUGCAAGACCGCAGGUUGUGGGCUCUCUCUCGGGCAGACUGAUGGAGGGGCCUGACGGCUUGCCCUGUAUGGUGUCGGGCCCGUGGCCACGGACCGAGGGCCUGACUAAUAAGUCUGCAUGCCUGUCUCCCGAGUCCUUGGCGGCCCUGGAGGCAUGGGUCGCGACACACACUUUGGGAAGCCCUGAUCUAGAAUAUAGUGUGCAUGACAGAUUAAUUUAGGCACCAUAUAAAUAAGACACAUAAUAAAUAAUUAUUUAGGUAUUUGAUAGUACACAAAAAGGAAAUUUUAUGCUUAUAUUGUUAGACCGUGGUUCUGUCAUACCUCCCCUGUAACAAAUAAAAAUUUGUACAAUUUUGUGUAUUUACUUCAGUAGCUACUCAGACCAGGUAAAAUACUUAAUUUGUCAUUUGGAGAUUGCCCUGUUUUUAGUGGAUUUUAUUUCUGAGAAUGUAUCAACUUACCUGGUAAGACUAAAGAUGUAUUCUUGGGAUAUAUGAAAUUACUGUUGGCUUUAUUCCUUACCUGUGUGAGACUCGGAAUAGGAGGGAUUUCAAACAUCCUCUCAUUAUAUCAAAUAAUGCCUGUUGUUCUGCAAGCAUUUCAUCAUCUGCUCACACCACAGGACAAAAUAGAACAAAGAGUGAUAUACACUUGUCCUUGUUCCUCAAGAGGAUGAUUAGGGUGAAUGGAUAUCUACAAUGCAUCACUCUGUGCACUGCGGUAUGUAGAUUAAUUGCUGCUAGAUACUUAGUUUUAAUGAUUACCCGUAAAAUAAGACCUUUCCUGCUGAUGUCACUUCUGUGAAGCUGUGUAAGAAAAACCUCAUUGAUGUCAUCAAGCUCUCUGAAUCAACAUGAUUUCACUGUCUCAACCUCUGUACCUCGUACAAUAAUAAAAAAUAAAAAAAAUGCCUGUUGCCUAUCCUUGAGCAUCUUUAAGCUUUGCGUUGUAACCCUUUAAGGACCAAUGCCAAAACCUGGUCGUUUGAGGCCGUAUACCAGCAUUGAAAGUUCUUUAAAUUAAAUCAUCCGAUUUCAGAAUAGAAUACAUUUUUCUAACGGAAUAGACUGUCAUUGGUCAUCAAGGGGUUAAAAUAUUAAAAUACCCGAGAUCAAAUCCCACAUUGGUGUCCUUGUCUAAACAUGGUAGCCACCUUCAGUCUUUGGAUGUUUUAUGCCAAUUUAAUGUAAUUGCUAAAGUGAUACCAGUGGCUUAUACUUCAUAUAUUUUCUUGAGAGGCAGAUCUUUUAGACUAUAAAUUCUAAAUAAAAACUUCCCUGACAAGUGUGAUAAAGCUAUAGAAAAGAAUGAAUCUUCUUUUGAUAAUAAUUCUUUGCUGGGCAAUUGAACUGUGAGCCAGUAAAAGGUAGAUAUCUAAUGGAUUGUAUUGAUUUUAGGGCUUGGUGCCAGAGGCUUUUGCCAAUACAUUUAUGGAAGUUAUAGAGGAUUUAUGAAUAGGAGAAAAUGCCCAGCUGUAAUCAUUUAUUGAUUUUGGUUAUUUUUCCAGCAGUUCCAAUAAUGUUCACGAUACAUUUCAAAGAUGAUAAGUAGUUAGUCCCUAGUCACCACAGAUAAAAAGUGAUCGCAGUGCUAAGUUAAAUUAGUGACCGAUAUGAGUGCUUAUUCUCAGACUUUUAACUCCUCAUGGAUUAUAUUCACACACCUUUAUUUUCCACAGCUUUAUAUGUCAUAUAGAUUUAUGACAAACUGUUAUGGGGUUUUGGUUUAUGACACCUCCACAACACAGGUAUCUGUCUGGGGAGAUCUCACUAAACUCUGAGAGGAAAAUAGCCAAGUUCUGACUAUUGUUGAGAUGGAUAAUUUUUCCAGAUCAGCUGUUUUUGCCUCAGUUUUUCCAUUCUCAUUUAAUUCACAAAAAUUUGGACUUUAGUGAAUAACCCUGUUCGUUAAGUGUUUGCUACCUUUUGGCAUUGUAGCUGCUUUAAACUGCGAUAAGAUAGUUAUAAUGUUGAGCUAGUCAGAAGUUAUGUUUGAAAGAAUGUUUUGGAAUAUUCCAUGCACUUCUUACAAUUCUUAUAAACCGCUAAUUAAAAAAAAAUAUAAUAAUAAUACCAGAAGCUUCAAGUGUGGUUUGAAAUUAAGGGGACACUCUAGACCAUGUAACCACUUCUAUUUUUAACCCCUUAAGGACAGAGCUUCAAAAGCUUGCCUUUCACUUAAUGAGAACAGCAUUUAUUUCAUUUUUUGCUGUUUGCGUUCAACUGCAAUUUGCAUUUUACGAAUUUAUUGCACCGACAUAUUAUAUAUUGUUUUUUAAAGGACAGAAAGGGCUUUCAUUUGAUGUAACACAUAUAUAUAUAUAUAUAUAUAUAAUGCCUAUUUAUUAUUAAAAAAAAAACAGAAAAAUGCAAAAGAAAAAAUUUGUGGAUUUUUUUACAGUUUUUUGCAAUAAAAAUGUGUGCACAAUUAGUGCAGGUUAAGGAAAGUAAUUAAAAAUAAAUUCAUUUAGUUGUUCUGAUUUACAGAGUAUAUAAUGUGUCUGGGAUUUUAAGUUUUUUUUUUUGGUAGUUACAGGUCACAAAGCACAAGGAGUAAAAUAAACUUUUAAUGUGGAGCAAUUUUAGAAUUUGGUAUGUUUGUCUUGAAAGCUUUACAUAAAAGAAAACAAAAUUGCCACACAAAACUAUAUAUUUAUAUAAAGUAGACAUCACAGGCUAUUUACCUAGGGUUGGUUUGACACUUUCUACGUAGCCAUUUCACCGCCAACCUCUGCUAAAUAUUGGAGUAAAAUUGUGUUUUUUGGGGUUUUUGGCACACAAACUUAUAACAAAGAUAUUCUCAUGUGUAUUUUGUAAAGUUGGUGUGUGCUAUUCCUGUACAAAGUUUUAUUUUGUGUUCAGUUACAUCUGCUGAGUAAAAUGACACCCCCAUUGUAUGUCUUUGGCACUAUUUCGUGAAGUUACAGUGCCAUAUAGGAUACCUGUCCUUUUCAGUAUUCACAGUAGAAUUUUGAGGGACGGAUUUAAUGAGCCUAUGCUUCCAUUUGGAGUAUUAUAGUAGUUUGACUGUUCAAAAAACCCCACAAAGGUCUACCAUUUGUAAAAGUAGACACUCCAGGGUAUCUCAUAAGGUGCAUAUUGUGCCUUAACAUGCCCCCAUUUUUUCACCAAUAUAUGCCAAAGGAUGUGGUAAAAAAUUAUUUUGUGCAUUUUUUACAUAUGGAUUGCAUUUUUGCUGGGCAUUUUGUAUAUUUCAUAUGUGCCACUAAGUUCAAACCCCCCAAAUUAUGCUCAGCUAAACCUUCUGAGUAAAACGACACCCCCAAUGAAUGUCUUAGUCACUAUUUCGUGAAGCUACAGUGCCAUAUAGGAGACCAAGCAAUAUCAGUUUUUACCGAACUUUGAAUUUUGACGCUGGGCCUAUGUGCAAUUUCCAAGCAUCUUCGCAGGUUUUAAAUUCAAACUACCCCACAAAGGCCUACCAUUUCUUAAAGUAGACACCCCAGGGGAUUUCAAAAGGUAUAUUUUGAACCUUAGCAUGGGAUAAUUUUUCCACUAGCUUAAACCAGGUGUAGUGGUAAUAAGCAUUUUUUCUGCCUUUUUGACACACAAAGUGAGUUUGCACAGUAUAUUUUGCAAACCUUAUGUGUGCUACCACUGUAUAAUACUUCUUAUGUUGCUCAGCUAUGUCGGCUGAGUACAGAAAUACCCCCGAAUGUACCUUUGCCAGGUAUAUGUGGACAUCUGAGGGGCACAUUUGGGACACAGCCAUUCCAGUUUUUUCCAAACUUUACAUUUUUACGCUGUGCCCAUGUCCCAUUUUAGAGUAUUUUACCAGGCUAUAUAAUCCAAAUACCCCAUAAAGCCAUACCAUUUCUUAAAGAAGACAUCCCAGGGUAUUUCAAAAGGCAUAUUUUGAACCUUAGCGUGGGAUCAUUUUUCCGCUAGCUUGUACCAAGUGUAGUGGUAAUAAGCGUUUUUUUCUGCCUUUUUGACACACAGAGUGAGUUUGCACAGUAUAUUUUGCAAACCUUAUGUGUGCUACAACUGUAUAAUAUUUAAUAUGUUGCUCAGCUAUGUGGUCUGAGUACAGCAAUACCCCCGUAUGUACCAUUGCCAGGUACAUGUGGAUGUUGAAGGGGCACAUUUGAGACGCAGCCAUUCAGUUUUUUUCUAACUUUGAAGUUUUACGCUGUGUCCAUGUUCCAAUUUGGAGUAGUUUAGAUGGUUGGUUAUUGAAACUUCCCCACAAACACAUACUAUUUAUUAAAGAAUACACCCUGGGGUAAUUCAAAAGGCAUAUUUUGAACCUUGCGUGGGAUCAUUUUUUCUCUAGUUUGUUCCAGGUGUAGUGGUAAUGAGCGUUUUUAAAUGUAUUUUUUUACUUUUUGAAACUUUUUUUACUUUUAAAAACUAGUUUUUAAACUUUUGUUUUGCUUAUUCAUUUUUUAAACUUUCCUAAACUUUCUUAAAACUUUUUUUUACAGAUUUAAAAUUUUUCUAAGCUUUUUUUUUUACCUUUAACCCCUAACUAGCAGUAAGCAGCACUAACAGUAAAUUCCCCAUUUUCCCAUAACUCCCAUCCACCCCAGCUAGCAAAAUAUAUAAUUAUAAAAUAUUUAAAUCAGUUAAUAAAAUAAAUUGAACUCCUGAGGGUUAAAAAAAAUAAAAUAAAAGUUAAUCAUCAGGGGUUAAAAAAAAUUAGAUCACAGUAUAGUACUGUGAUCUGUAUUUUGACCACUGUAGGCAGUGAUUGACUGGCAGGGAAGGGGUUAAUUUUUAUUUGGACUGGCUAAAGGAGGGUGUUUUUUUUAUUUUUUAAUUAAACGUUAUUAAAACUUUUUUAACUUAAUUUUGAACUUUUUAAAGCUUAUUUUAAAACUUUUUUUUAACGUUAACCCCUAGUUAGCCUAACACCAAAUCCCCCCAAUUCCCCACUAACUUCCACCCAACCCAGCUAGCUAAAUUUAUAAUUUUAAAAUACUUAAAUUAAUUAAAAUAAAUUUAACCCCUGAGGGUUAAUUCUUUUUUUUUUUUCAACCCUCAGGGGUUAAAUUUAUUUUAUUAAUUAAAGUAUUUUAAAAUUAUAAAUUUAGCUAGCUGGGUUGGGUGGAAGUUAGUUUAAAAAAAAAAAAAAUCAGAUCAUAGUAAAAUUUAAUAUCGGCCAAUUGAUCACUGUAGUCAGUGAUCAAUUGGCAGGGAAGGGGUUAAUUUUUUAUUAAAAUGGGUAAAGGGAGGUGGGAUUUUAAAUUAACUUUAUUUUUUUAUUUUGUUCACUGAUCCGUCUCCCUGCACUUCACACAGAACCAGGAAGUGCAGGGAGGUGGAAGGUAAGUAUACUAAGCACAUGUGCUCACUCUGACAUGCUGUCAGAGCGAGCACAUGUGCUGGGGCAGCACUAUCGGCUGCUCCCGGUCUGCCUCUAAUACAGAGGCAGACUGGAGCACCAUUAACCCCGCGAUCACGGAGAUCUGGGGUUAAUUUUACCGUGUGACGGACAAGGUCCAUCACUCGUCGUUAAGGGUUUCCCCUGAGUGACGGAACUCGUCCGUCAUUCGUCAUUAAGGGGUUAAAGUGGUUAUGUUGCCAAGGUGUAGUCAUGCAUUCUUUACUUCCAAUUAUUUUAUAAAACAGAGCUUUAAAGCAAAGCUUUGUGUUUAUUGUCCCUGUCAAUCAGAGAGCCAGUAAUAAUAAUAAUUCCUUGCUCUUAAACCAAAGAGUUGGUAAGCUAGUUCUGAUAUGAAUAGACAUGGAAGUUAAUGGACAUGAAGAGAGCAUCCAGCACCAACCAUCACAAAACUCCUCUUUAAAGGAACACUUUAGGGUCAGGAAUAAAAUCACGUAUUCCUGAUCCUCUCGUGUUGAAUCCCCUUACCUUUAUUCAAGCGCUGCACAGGUCUGCCAGUGCUGGCUCUGUCCACACCCAGCCCCCUUGGCUGAGAUAAUCAAAACUGAUGAUCUCCGCUAAUCCAGUGCUUUCCCAUAGGAAAGCAUUGGGAGGCUAAUGCACAUGCAACAAAGCGUCCACACUGUGCCAAUCAGAACUUUUUUGUAGAGAUGCAUUGACUCAAUGUAUCUCUAUGGGGAAAGUUAAGUUUGUCGUUGUGCAGCACCGACACAGCAAGCACCUCUAUUGGCCGUCUGAGUGACUGCCACUGGAGAUGUGCCUAGGCAGUAAUAUGAACACUGCCUGUUCUCUGAAAAGGCAGUGUUUGAAGCAAAAACUACACUGACAGACAAUAGCUACCAAACCAACUACAUUAAGUUGUAGUUGUUCUGGUGACUAUAGUGUUCCUUUAAAUUUAAACAUUACUGUCUCUUUAAAAAAAAAAAAAAAGAAUGUACAUUAAGAAUAGUUGCUGCAGACUUAACAGGUCCUUUUGGAGAAUUAAAUAACACCGUGGUUGGUUAAGUCUAAUGUUUAAAGUUGGUAGGUGACUCCUAUGGUACAAAUUAUCUGAAGCAGGAUUCUCGUUUACAGGUGUAAUGUAGCAUACUGGCCGAAGGUCCUCAAUCUCAUUUCCCCCAGCUUAGUUUCGGGACACAUCUACAUUUCCCAUUCUUUUCACCCAAUUUGUUUUAAUGUUGCCCCAGCUAAGUUAAAGCUUUGUAAUGCUGUAUGUGUACGUUAAAUGUUCCUACAUUUCGCACACAUAAGCUAUGUGCUUUCCUCACAGGCUAUCAAUGUGCAGGUGUAAUUUGUAAGUAAGUCCUAUUGAGAUGAUACCUGCUGGUUUGUGCCAAACCUGAAAAGCUGCAAAUCAAGCUGUGUGACAAUUGUAGCUCUUGCAUUCUGAGAAGAGCUUUCCUAGAGGCGGCAGUAUUUGCCUUUUACGCUGGAUUUAUUUCUUAUCUAUAUAACACACAGACAGGGGAGUAUCGCUAAGACCCACUCAUUAUAUCAUUUAAUGCCUGUUGUUCUGCAAGAACUACAUUAUCUGCUCGCACACCAGGACAUGAUAGAACAGCAAAUGAUAUACACUUGUCCUCAUUCCCCAAGAGGACCAUUAUUUCCAAUAUGUGCUCAGUGCUGGGUUAACAUAAAUGGUAAACAACUAUGAAGAGUUUCUCUAAACAAAUCUACUUGUUUAAAAAAAAAAAAAAAAAUCUACGUGUUUAUGUUUGUAUGUUCCGAGUGACAUUUAAUUGGUUCUACUUCUUGUACAAUGACAUUGAAGCAGGGUUAUUCACGAAAGUGAGAAUUCAAAGUGAAUUUCAAAUUUAAGGUCAAAAGAGCCAAAGUGGAAAAAUUCUCUAAGUCCACUAUGCUUUCCAUAAGAGCUAGGCUCUUAAAUUUGAAAUGUAUUUUCCAGUUGAAGUAUCCUUGGCAAACGAUCAUUCUAUAUUGAAUCCAGACAUUUACAGCCCAUGAUUUAAUGUUAUGUAAGAACAGUCCAGCUGUUUAGGGACUGCAACCCCUACAAUUCUAUGCCAACCGUAAAACUGCAGAUUGAGGUUUUGUGAAGUGUUUAUUUUAGGCCAGGCUCAUUUAAAUCUAUUAAUCUGAAAGCAUUUUAGACAUUUAAUAUGUGUGGGAAGACUGGCAUUUAAAUAAAUGGCAUUAUUGUAUGCACUCCGUCUUAUGAGAUUAGCAGGAUAUUUAGGAGCUUAAAAAAAUAACGUAUUGGGCAUAUUUGUAAAGUCCAAAUGAGGGACAAAGCAGUAAAAGUAGGGACACUGCAGGAACAUUUAUUUAUUGCAAGGGUAUUUAAAGGAACACUAUAGUCACCUAAAUUACUUUAGCUAAAUAAAGCAGUUUUAGUGUAUAGAUCAUUCCCCUGCAAUUUCACUGCUCAAUUCACUGUCAUUUAGGAGUUAAAUCACUUUGUUUCUGUUUAUGCAGCCCUAGCCACACCUCCCCUGACUAUGAUUGACAGAGCCUGCAUGAAAAAAAACUGGUUUCACUUUCAAACAGAUGUAAUUUACCUUAAAUAAUUGUAUCUCAAUCUCUAAAUUGAACUUUAAUCACAUACAGGAGGCUCUUGCAGGGUCUAGCAAGCUAUUAACAUAGCAGGGGAUAAGAAAAUCUUAAUUAAACAGAACUUGCAAUAAAGAAAGCCUAAAUAGGGCUCUCUUUACAGGAAGUGUUUAUGGAAGGCUGUGCAAGUCACAUGCAGGGAGGUGUGACUAGGGUUCAUAAACAAAGGGAUUUAACUCCUAAAUGGCAGAGGAUUGAGCAGUGAGGCUGCAGGGGCAUGUUCUAUGCACCAAAACUGCUUCAUUAAGCUAAAGUUGUUCAGGUGACUAUAGUGUCCCUUUAACUACGCCAUUUCCGGCCCCUGUAAUUAUUGACCUACAAAUCCAUAGUGCUUUGGUGAUAUUGUAUUAUAGGACUUGAUUUCGGCAUUACCAUUACCGUUUUUAUUUGAUUAUAUGCGAUACCUCUUAUGAAUUAUGGUAAAGAAACUUAAGAGGUGAGUAGUGCAUUUUCAAGGCAUUAUCUUGCUCUCUUAUCUGACACUCAAUAGGCUGUAUUUCUAUUAGCAGGGAAUGCUACAUAUUGCAACUAUAAAGUGUGUAAUGAAGAAAGCAGCAGGAAUAUAACCUGAAGCUGUGAAUGCUGCGUAGGUUCUUAAAAUCAAUAGGAAAUUAUUUUAAUGUAUUUAUUUCUUCUAUAUAAUUGAGGAAAAAAUCCAUUAAAUCAAUUUGCAUCAUUUGCAUUUGUUUUGUUUCACUGUUACAGCCACUAGAAAUAUCUGCAAAUCUGUUGCAAAGCCUUAAUGCAAGUCUUACUUUUAUUUUAGGUAAUUUCUGCAUAAAUAAUGAAGAGAGAUGCAAAUUUGUGCAGUUUGGGAACAUAGAUGUGUGUAGUACAUUGCAUUAGGAUGUACACCCAUAGAAUAAAUGCUUACUUUAAAAAUUAUGUUACAAAAUACAUACUAUUUAUAAAGCAAUAACUAGGCGUAUACAGAAAAUUUCUUCUUUAAAAAUACAACAUGCUCAUCAUCCAAAGCCAUGUAAAUGUUCGUAUCCAGAUGUAAAUCGUGCCAUGGAGAACAAUUUGGUCUUGCAUUAGGGUGUUCCAGGGCACUGCUAAUUGUGAAUAGUCAGGCUAAGAGACAGGUCAUUGAGCCCUUGAAAGACAGAAGUUUGAACACUAUUAUUCUGCAGUCCGUGUCGCACUCCUCUAGAAAUUAAUUAUGUAAUGGCAGUUGUAAGGCAUAAAGUGUAUAAGAAAAGUUUGCGUGUAAGGUGGAAUUCUUCAGUCAAAAAAAAAACUUACCUUUCUCUAGCGUGUUUUGUGAAUGUGGAGUCACUGAUUGGCUGAGAGUGUCAGAGGACCACUCUCAGCCAAUUAGUAGCGCCCCUGCCCAGCGGUACUCUUCACUUCAGCACUAGUGGGGUUAAACUGUUCGAGAAUUGUUUAACUACCUUACAGUAAGAAUGAGCCAGAGGGCCUCCUGGCACCAUAAGUGGCUGUAGUGCCCCUUUAAGUAAUAGGAUGUAGAAAUUGUGAUAGAUGUAUUUUAAUUUUAGUGCAAAGGGAAUGGGAAAAAUUUAUUGAGAAAGCACUUUUUAUGUGUUUUUGUGUGUGCAUCUAAUAAGUUUAUCCAUAUUCUUCUAUUACUUAUAGUUCAUGAACAAUAAAUUUAUGAUGAUCUCUUUUUUUUUUUUUUUUCAGGACACUCGACCCAAUAUGUCAAGGCCUUUGAUCACCAGAUCACCUGCCUCCCCUUUGAACAAUCAAGGCAUUCCCACUCCUGCACAACUUACCAAGUCCAAUGCACCAGUUCACAUUGAUGUUGGUGGGCAUAUGUAUACUAGCAGCUUGGCAACACUCACAAAGUACCCUGAUUCCAGGUAACCAUAAUAUUAUCAGUAAAUAUAGUAUUAAUAAUAUUACCAGUACUUAGCAUUGACAUGUUCUUCUGUCAUCCAGAGUAAAAUAAUGUAUUGUAAUAUGCGAUUUUACGAGACAGUGUGUUACUUUUACUGCAGAUAUUAGAUAGUUUAGAGUGACCAUUUAAAUGGACACUACAGGUGCAAAACAACUUAAGUGCACUUGAUACAUGUUGGCCUAAUGUAUUCUGUAUUGUUCUCCUUACUGAAAAAUCUGUUUUAGUUUUGUUUAAAAAAUAAUGAUAGUUGUAGUUUUACCUUGAAGGAUUUAAACAUACAUUGAGAUGAAAACGAAAAGUAAUAGGCACUCACUAUAGCAUUAAAACAGGGUAACUGUGGGCUGCAGUAACCAAUACAAGGAUUCCCAAACCUUGUAUUAUUAUUAUUAUUAUUAUUUUAUUAUUUAUAUAGCGCUGUCAGACUCUGUAGCGCUGUAUCUACUUGUAGAUAGUAGAAUAUGAGAAAGGUAGGAGGAGACUGCGCCCAAACAAUAUAUAUAGAAAUUUAUACGUACACAGGUCUUUUUAAAGCUGUACACAAAAAGAAAAGCAAAAAAAAUAAUCGUGCAGUACAGUAUAUCUGAUGAAUAGGUAGUAAAGUAAUCUUAUGUGGUUAUCACUCACAUUUGAUAGAGCUAACUUAGAGCUCAGUUGUAUUGCGCAUGGACGGAACAAUCCCCAUCUAAGGAUAUAUGUUGGUAUAGACGUCCCAGAUGUCUCAAAUAAGGUGAAAUGUGCAGGACAUAUGUAAAAAUAAGUACAAGAAAAAAUAUUCCAAUGGUGAAGUAAGUACUAAUAGGUACUAUUUCUUUACCAUAUAAAAACAGUAUAAAAUAACUUGCAGGAGUCCCACUUAACGCGUUUCGCCUAUCCAAGACUUCUUCAGAAGUGUGGUAAAGUCCUCGUAAUUUUCUUUACAUAGGCCAGUGAUGGUGAACCUAUGGCACACGUGCCACAGGUGGCACGCCGGGCCCUCUCUAUGGGCACGCGGCCAUAGGUUCGCCAUCAAUGCAGAGUAGGCACCUGCCUGCCCAAAACGGCAGGCGCCUACUCUGCUUCCGUGUCGGGAGGCAGGGGGAGGGAUCUGUGAAUCAGCUCCCCUGUCCUCCCACGAGCAAUCUGUGUGGAGGGUUGCCGCGCCUUACCAUGGCAAUGCUCAACACAGCAUCACGCGGGAGGACAAGGCAGCUGCUCCCUACAAUACUUACCACCACCAGACCACCAGGGAUGGCUGUGUGUCCCCCCUCCUUCAUCAAAGGUAAGAAGGAGGGAGGGGGAGUAUAUGGAUUUAGCAUACUUUUUUGAAAAUUUUUUUUACCACCUCCUCCCCACACACAGCACCUUUUACCCCCCCACACACACACAGUUCCCCUACCCACACACACAGCACCCCUUUCCUACCUCCCCCACACAGCACCCUUACUCCCCCACACACACACAGCACCCCUACCCCCCACAGCACAGCACCCCUACCCCCACCCAGCAACCCCGCUCUGCACCCCUACCUUCCCACACAGCACAGCACCCCUACCUCCCGACACACAACACCCAACACACACACACACACACUGCACCCCUCAAUGCAGUUUAUGUGUGUGUAUUCAGCAGUCUGUAUGUGUGUGUAUUCAGCAGUCGGUGUGUGUAUGUAUGUAUUCAGCAGUCUGUGUGUGUGUCUUCAGCAGUCUGUGUGUGUGUGUGUGUAUGUAUUCAGCAGUCUGUGUGUACUCAGCAGUGUGUGUAUUCAGUGGACUGUGUGUGUGUAUUCAGCGGACUGUGUGUGUACUCAGCAAUCUGUCUGUAUGUGUAGUCAGCAGACUGUCUGUAUGUGUAGUCAGCAGACUGUCUGUAUGUGUAUUCAGCAGACUGUGUGUGUGUGUAUUCCAUUUGUUGGAGAUACUAAUAAAUAUAAGCUUAAUUUGAUCUAUUUAUAUCAAUAUUUAAAAUUUGUAUCAUUGAACUCUUUGUUGUUUUGUUCUUUUAAAACAAAAGUUGUUAAUGAGUUCGGACAACUGUACAAGUUUUUUUUUUCUAAACUUAAACCUCAGUAUUCAGGCACUUUGAGGAAAACAAAAGUUGGCAUGUAUUGCGGUUUCGGCACUCGGGCUUAAAAAGGUUCACCAGCAGUCUAUGAAUGAGAAUUGCUUCCUGGUGUGCUUGAUUGACAGCUUUCUGUAACCAUUCUGGAACACACGCAUCAUACCGGAAGUGACGCAGCGUUUACCAGUGCAGUAUUAUAUGCGUUCCAGCUUGUAACGCAUAUGGUUACAUGAAGCUGUCAAUCAAGAAUGGUUACAGGAAGCGGUCACUCAAGCACACCAGGAAGCAUUUCUCAUUCUUAGACUGCCUAUAUAAACGAAACUUAUGAGGACUUUACCACACUUCUGAAGAAGUCUUGGACAGGCGAAACGCGUUAAGUGGGACUCCUUCAAGUUAUUUUAUACAGUUUUUAUUGUUUUUGUAUGGUAAAGAAAUAGUAAAUUUUAUAUUUACAUACAGUUGCAAGAAAAAGUAUGUGAACCCUUUGGAAUGAUAUGGAUUUCUGCACAAAUUGGUCAUAAAAUGUGGUCUGAUCAUCAUCUAAGUCACAACAAUAGACAAUCACAGUCUGCUUAAACUAAUAACACACAAAGAAUGAAAUGUUGCCAUGUUUUUAUUGAACACACCAUGUAAACAUUCACAGUGCAGGUGGGAAAAGUAUGUGAACCCCUAGACUAAUGACAUCUCCAAGAGCUAAUUGGAGUGAGAUGUCAGCCAACUGGAGUCCAAUCAAUGAGAUGAGAUUGGAGGUGUUGGUUACAGCUGCCCUGCCCUAUAAAAAACACACACCAGUUCUGGGUUUGCUUUUCACAACAAGCAUUGCCUGAUGUGAAUGAUGCCUCGCACAAAAGAGCUCUCAGAAGACCUACGAUUAAGAAUUGUUGCCUUGCAUAAAGCUGGAAAGGGUUAUAAAAGUUUCUCCAAAAGCCUUGCUGUUCAUCGGUCCACGGUAAGACAAAUUGUCUAUAAAUGGAGAAAGUUCAGCACUGCUGCUACACUCCCUAGGAGUGGCCGUCCUGUAAAGAUGACUGCAAGAGCACAGCGCAGACUGCUCAAUGAGGUGAAGAAGAAUCCUAGAGUGUCAGCUAAAGACUUACAAAAGUCACUGGCAAAUGCUAACAUCCCUGUUAGCGAAUCUACAAUACAUAAAACACUAAACAAGAAUAGAUUUCAUGGGAGGAUACCACAUAGGAAGCCACUGCUGUCCAAACAAAACAUUGCUGCACGUUUACAGUUUGCACAAGAGCACCUGGAUGUUCCACAGCAGUACUAGCAAAAUAUUCCGUGGACAGAUGAAACCAAAGUUGAGUUGUUGGAAGAAACACACAACACUAUGUGUGGCGAAAUGAAGGCACAGCACACCAACAUCAAAACCUCAUCCCAACUGUGAAGUAUGGUGGUGGGGGCAUCAUGGUUUGGGGCUGCUUUGCUGCGUCAGGGCCUGGACAGAUUGCUAUCAUUGAAGAAAAAAAUGAAUUCCCAAGUUUAUCAAGACAUUUUGCAGGAGAACGUAAGGCCAUCUGUCUACCAGCUGAAGCUCAACAGAAGAUGGGUGUUGCAACAGGACAAUGACCCACAGCAUAGAAGUAAAUCAACAACAGAAUGGCUUAAACAGAAGAAAAUACACCUUCUGAAGUGGCCUUACCUCAACCCGAUUGAGAUGCUGUGGCAUGACCUCAAGAAAGCGACUCACACCAGACAUCCCAAGAAUAUUGCUGAACUGAAACAGUUCUGUAAAGAGGAAUGGUCAAGAAUUACUCCUGACCGUUGUGCACGUCUGAUCUGUAACUACAGGAAACGUUUGGUUGAAGUUAUUGCUGCCAAAGGAGGUUCAACCAGUUAUUAAAUCCAAGGGUUCACAUACUUUUUCCACCUGCACUGUGAAUGUUUACAUGGUGUGUUCAAUAAAAACAUGGCAACAUUUCAUUCUUUGUGUGUUAUUGUGUGUUUAAGCAGACUGUGAUUGUCUAUUGUUGUGACUUAGAUGAUGAUCAGAUCACAUUUUAUGACCAAUUUGUGCAGAAAUCCAUAUCAUUUCAAAGGGUUCACAUACUUUUUCUUUCAACUGUAUUUAGUUUUAUCCAAUUAUUUCUUUGCCUCCUGUUACCAUCAUAUUGCUAGGUGGAGAUUAUACCACCCAUGCUGUAUAUACCAGAGCAAGUUCUGCUCUGGUAAAUGUAAGUACAUUUCUUUUUUAUACCUAUUAGUAGUGAUGUCCCGAACGGUUCGCCGCAGACUCAUCAUUGAGUAAACUUUGACCCUGUACCUCACAGUCAGCAGACACAUUCCAGCCAAUCAGGAGCAGACCCUCCUACCUCCUGGACAGCUCACUAAGAAUGCAGCUUCAAAAUGGAUGCUGUCCAGGAGGUGGGAGGGUCUGGGAGGGAGGGUCUGCUGCUGAUUGGCUGGAAUGUGUCUGCUGACUGUGAGGUACAGGGUCAAAGUUUACUCAAUGAUGAGUCCGUGGCGAACCGUUCGCGACAUCGCUACCUAUUAGUACUUACUUCACCAUUGGAAUAUUUUUUCUUGUACUUAUUUUUACAUUUGUCCUGCACAUUGCACCUUAUUUGAGACAUCUGGGACGUCUAUACCAACAUAUAUCCUUAGAUGGGGAUUGUUCCGUCCAUGUGCAAUACAGCUGAGCUCUAAGUUAGCUCUAUCAAAUGUGAGUGAUAACCACAUAAGAUUACUUUACCACCUAUUCAUCAGAUAUACUGUACUGCACUAUUAUAUUUUUUUGCUUUUAUCUUUGAGUUCAAUUGUGUGUACAGCUUUAAAAAGACCUGUGUACGUAUAAAUAUUGUUUGGGGCACGGUCUCCUCCUACCUUUCUCAUACAUUGAGAUGAAGUGGUCUUUAGUGUGUCCUUUAAGAAGUGUUUGUACCCAGACUGAACUUUUAAAUAUACAUAUCGAAGUGUAAAGAUACUCUCCUGAAAAGAAAAGUGGGCUGCAUGAGUAUGAGAGACUGAGCUUGAUAUGUGAUAGUGUUGAAAAUGUUUACCACUUUUACAUAUAAACAAUGUUUAUAAGCAGUUUGUUUUCAUUUUUACUCAUCCACAAGAAAACUUAAGUAACCAUAGAGCAGUGACCUUAAACUAAAGGUUUUGGCCUGUUUCUGAGGUAUUAAAAAUAAGUUACAUAAUUACAUGUUAAUUAUUGUCCCUGUACUGUUUUUAUCCAAGGUGCAUCAUACUUUAUAACUACUUUAUCUUAAUUAUAGCUGAUGCUUGAUGUCACUGCAAUAUAUUAAAUGUAAUAACUUUCUUAGAGAAUGAAUGAAGGCUAAAUAUAUUUUGUCUGCCAUUAUAUGUUAAAACAGGGAAAUUAUAAACCCUCUUUUAGUUUGUUGCAGGAACUUUAUAAAGGCACAUAUUCUGCAAACCAGGGUUGGCCAACUGUGGUAGAAGUACAAGUCCCAUAAUGCUUUGCUAGUUUUAAGAAUGGCAAAGCAUCAUGGGAAUCAAUUUACAGUAGCUACCCUUUGUUCAUUCUUGCUGGGAGGAAUAGGAAUAUUAUAUCACUCCAGCAUUGCGUCUUGAAAUUUCAAUGUAUUUAGUGUUCUAUGACCUGCUCUAUGCGUAUAUACUAAGAAUGUUCUCUUAUGGUUUCAUUCAAUAAUCUGUGGCAUGUCACAAGAAAAUGUUACAGUUAAAGUAAUAAUAGAAUAUUUCCUUUCAUGCUGGUAAAAAUUUACACACGAAAUAUGACAAAAAAAAAUUUAAAUCACUUUUUAACCUGAACAGUGUGGCAGUGUGUUUAAUUAUGUGCUUACAUUUUUCUUUAUAUUUCACUACUAUUAGUUGUCUAAUUCUUGUAUUAAACAGUGUUAAGCCUUUCAGAAAAAUAUCACCGGAAGUAUUUCCUUAAUAUUUUUUGAGUUUUUUUGUUUACAACUUAUAUUUUAUUGGCUUAACCCCUUAAGGACCAAACUUCUGGAAUAAAAGGGAAUCAUGACAUGUCACACGUCAUGUGUCCUUAAGGGGUUAAAGUACAACUUAGAACAGUGAGGCACAUAAAUAAUCCAAUGGGUCCACAAGCACCGAUAAAGGAUAUGACAAAUAUCAUAUAUAAUAUGGACAAUUUCGUAAACCCAAGAUGGGGGCUGCUUCAACAACCUACAUAAUAUGUUAAAGUAAGUGGUAGUAGAUAAAAAGAAAAUAACUAGUAAAAAUACGUGGUGUAAGAAGGAGGGGUACAGUACACAGUUGUACUUGGCACCUUAAUUUAGUCUGUGAAUAGUUUACAAAGCCAGCCCUGUAGCAAAGUAAAACAUAUAAGGACUAAGAUUCAUACGUGUACAGGCAAAUGCACUGGGUCAUAUUCAAAAACCGGAUAGUUGCAGGCACAGCUGAUAAGAUACUUCAAACUUCACUAUAUGGGAAUUCGUGAUUGAGGUGAGUGCAACAGGAGGAUGUUUCCAGGCCACAAGUACGGGUAGGGUGGCAGAUCCUGGCCGUUGAUUUGGGCUAACAAAGUGAGGGCCACUACUAGCAUGUAAAAGACUAUGUUUCUGUAAUUGGUUGUGGAAUGUUACAGAGAAAAUAAACAAAAUGAGGCAUUUAGAAGCAUAGAACACCCCACCAUACAUGGGAUAUCAUCCUAAUCCCCUAAAAACACCUCCAGCAUUUGUUUGUUUUAGUAAGGCCGAUAUGGGACAUACAAUGUACCACCUAUUAAGGAGCUCCCUUGUCAGUAAUGUACUAUCAUUUGCAGGCAACAAUAAGCACAGAUUAUUUGCUCUGCUUAUAUUUUCAAAUUUAGAGCAUUUUACUGAAAAUGUCUUGCUAAAAAAGAAAUGAUACUCAUCUUUCGGAGUUUCUUUUCCCAUAAAUAACGCGACCUGUCAAACACACUAUAUAAAAUGGUAGAUUCCGACAUGGUUUCAGAAGUGUGUUUGUGAAAACCCCUGGCACUGCAUAAAUUGUUGCUAUGUUGCUCUUCUCUUAGGUUUGGCACUUAACCCGAUAUUGCACAAUAACACAGACUGAGUUCAGUUCCAUUAAACCCCAGGCAACAUACAGGGUGUGUGCCUCUAAAAGGCAAAUAUUCAGCGGUAUUAAUAUAUACACCCAGAUUUUCAUAAACUGGCAUUAACUAGAAGGGCAAUCAAACACGGUUAAACAUUAUCACCGAUUUCUACAUAGACAUGUUUUAUGAAAUGUUAGGAUUUAGUUUGUAUUAAAAAUAUAUAUUGCACUAUUUGUAAAAUUUGUAGGUUUAUUGCUGAAUAAAAUCCAAGCUAGUCACAUUGCUCACUGAUCGUUGUAUUUAAAUAGACAUUCAAGGAAACUACAUCAAAGAGAAAAAGGUUUGAUGGGUGAUAUGCAUUCUAUACUGUACAAUGCAUGUUAAAUGCUCUAUGGUCCCGUUAGAAUAAAAGUAAAGGCAACAGCAAUUUGUCACUGAUGCAAUAAACAUAGCAUAUAACUGCCACCAAUCUAUAUAAAAAUAUGUAGGGUUAUUCAGUAUAUCUUAUACUAGGUGGAAAAAAUAAAUUCAAGUCCAUCAAGUUCGUUAUUUUAUACCUCUUCUCAUUUCUGAUCCAAAAAAAGACAAAAACCCAAUUUAAAGCAAUUUGUUAUUAUGCUGCAAAAGAUAGAAAACAAUUCCUAAUUGACUCAAAAUUGGCAAUCUAAAUUCUCGUCAGAUUAACAAUCUGUGCCCUGCAUUUGCCUAGAAUAUCCAGGCUAAAAAAAUAAAUUAAAAAAUAUCUGAAAUAUCUGAAAACUACCCUCUGUGCUGAGAAUUCCACAUCCUUUUUGUUUACAUUUAAAUAAUUUUUUCCUUGUUGUGAAUUCCCCUUUCUAAAAUCAAGUCUUAAUGGAUGACUUUUUAACUCGGAAAGAGCAGAGUAGAACAAAUAGCUAGGUUGGAGAAUAUUUCCAUGUUGACUAUUGUUGCAAAAAUGUAGAAUUCUCUUAUUUUGGUAGAUGGAUACAAAAUAUAUAUAGUUCAUGCAAACCAAGACCUACCUACAGAUGCACAACAACAUAGAGAUCUGUCACUUUUCACAACAUUGAUUAAAACACACAAAAAUCCCCUUUAAUUUGUAUUAAGCUUUGUUCAUAUUCCAUUUUUCUUUAAAUGUAUAUUAGAAAAUUACAACAUGGUAACGUUCAGACAAGGUAAAACCAGGGUGGUGCACACUGCAAAGAAGAAAAACAGAAAUGUUUAAUUUCUCUUAUUUUUUUGUUUGCUUUCUCUGCAGUACUGAGAAGCCUGCUUGGUGAAAAGGACAGAGUUUAUAACAAUAUACAGAUUAAGGAAGAGCACACAUAAUCAUAGAUUGUUAAAUAUGAUCUGGCUACUUAAAAUCUUCUAUCUUGGCAAACAAAUACGGGGAUCCAGUUCCAUAAUAUGGCCAUACUGUGUUAAACCCACCACUACUUCACAGUACCCCAAUAUCUGUUUGUGCUACACUAAUUCCAACGCUGGCGACAAAUUCAGUAGUGCUAGUGCUAAAUAAGCAAAAGUGUAUUUUAAUAAUCUAUUGUAAGCAGUAAACAUGUUUUAGGUUUUAAUGCUAAAUUAGAGUCCCCUGCCAGCUGUGAUUGACUGAGUGUCAUCUGAAUGCUUCUGGCCUAUCAGAACUCCCAUUGACUGUAUGAAUGGAUAUGACUACAAGGAAGUGUAUAGUUUCCGCUUUAACCACAUGACCAGUAGGAGUUGAACAUUGAGUGGCCAAGGACCCAUCAGUACUAAAAUGUUGGAAAAUGGUUACACAUUGAGUGGACAGACAGUGCCAGGGAACUCAGGGCACUAUUAACAAUUUAAUGGGAUGAAAUGGUUGUAGGGAUUACAGUGUCUGACUCCGUUUCAAAGGUUAACCAUCAUAGUGGUGCACUGACAUAUCUUGUAGUGUGUCAUUAGGGAUUACAUUAUCCGGUGACUAAAUUUGCCCUCUAAUAAGACUAUACAGAUCAGAAUUUUUUCAAACACAGCCCUAUAGGAUGCUGUGUUUUUUGCAUUUUGCCUUAAAGCCACAACAGGUCAGCCAUUUUAGAAAUGUUAAAUCAAGGGGUAGUUGUUUCCUGUCAGCAAACCCGAUUGCAAGCUUUAUAGUAGAGUUUUAAUAAAUAAUGUAAAUAUAUAUGCAGUCAUAUAUACAAGAGUUUCACUAACAGAUUUUCAAUUGGCCCAUUUGUUCUCAGUUCAGUCUUCUAUAAAAUAAAAAAGUAUUUGUUACAAGAACAAAAUAGAUUGUCACUUUAAAUGUAUUUAACUUCUAUGGCAUUAACAUCUAAAUUCACAAAAUAGGUGCUGAGCACCGAUACUCAUCUUGAAAUUGAUUUUUUUUUUCCUUUUCUUUUCUAAAUGCCAGAAGAAGAUCUAGAGGCUGUGUAGUUCGGAUAACAAAUGAAAAUCCUUCCUGUCUUAAAGCAAUGUGAGCAGUCAAUGCAAAUAAAAUAAAUGAUCCCUUAAGAGCGUGUGCCCCACAGAACCUUAUGUCUCUGUCAUAAAAAGUGAUCUUUAAUCAAAACCUACUGACAUGACAGAGCUAAUAUCUUUAACGUUAUACAGGUAAAGCUAAAUGUCGACAAAAGAGGGAAAAAUUGAAUACUUGCAAAAUCUCAAAAGAGAAGUUCUUCUUUUUGGGACAGCAAAAGUGUAUUUCAGCAAUUAUAUGUGAAAAUGUUUACUGGUGGAAGAUUUUGGAAUUUUGAACAUAACUGUAAGCUCGUUUGAACAGGGCCUUCAUCUACCUAUUGUUCCUGUGUCAUUGUGAAAUUUAUUUAUUUAUUUAUUUAUAAAAUAUUUUACCAGGAAAGAUACAUUGAGAUUUCUCUCGUUUUCAAGUAUGUCCUGGGUCCACAAAUCAUUGCAUUGUUACAUUAGGUACAACAAAAUACAAAAACAAUAUUAAUACACAAUAUAUACAAAAUUUAACAUAGAACAGGCAGGAAAUAUAUAAUCAACCAUGACACGUGCAUUCUGUUUUGAGGUAUGUAGAGAGGGAUCUCUUAAAUGACUUUAAGCUUAGGGAAGAUUUUAAAUUGUGCGGGAGGUCGUUCCACAAUUGCGGCGCUCUGUAGGAAAAGGAGGAUCGGGCCGCUUUCUUUUUGUAUUGAGGUAGACUAAGUAAAGUGCUUGUACUGGAUCGGAGCUUAUAGAAAGUGGGAACUUGUCUCAUUUAUUGUAAAUGUCCCACUUUCAUAAUAUUGUAAAGCGCUGCGGAAUUAGUUGGCGUUAUAUAAAUACCAAUAAUAACUCUAUGAAAUCACGGCUGAGAAUAAGAAACCUCACUUCACCAGGGAGUGAAUAAAUAAGAUGCAGAAUUGAAAGUUUGUAUCUAAAUACUACUUCAGCAUAUUUAGAAUAUUAUUUCAUAAAAACAUGAAAGGGAAAGAUCAACUGUCAAUGGAAGUAGAUUAAUGGAGCAAGGUUUAACUAAAACUCUGUCUCCCCAAAAGUGGUUUUGCCAGACCGCUACUGCCAUUAAAAGGGGUCUACAAACUUAAUCAGAUUUACAAAAGCGAGUAUAAUUAAUGCAAAAGGAGAGGCACAUGUUCAUAAAGCUAGACACUUUUUGGUGCCUCUCCGGGCCAGACAAGCUCCUCAGUAUAAAUAUACAUGCAUGACAGUUUGUAUUACCUUGCCAAGGAAACCUGGCCCCUGUUGCCCAGGCAACUCCAAUCUUGCAAAGGAGGCCAUGCAUGUUACGCAUGAACAAUGUUCUGUAGAUCUAUGCGUUGCAUUUUAUUUGUUCUAAGUUUGGUUAGAUUUGGAUUCUAUCCCUUGAUAUGUGAUAAAUCCCAUAGUGGCUCAUUAUAAUUUUAUGAAAUCAUCUUGCUACACUGAAAACAAUUCAUGGCUGCAAAGAAAAACAAAAUAUAUAUAUUAAAAAAAAAAAAUUAUUAUUGAGUGUAAUUUGAUGCAUCACUUUACAUUGUAUUUGACAUCAGUUACAUUACACACAGUUUUCAAAUCUUGACAAUUUUGCGCAAGGAAUCUUGAUUGUGUUUUCCUAACUUUUUAUUCUAGUCUGCUUUUGAAUAUCAUUAUUAAUUGAUGUUAUUCAUUUAUCAAAAUUAUCUGAACAGUUAGUGAUCUGUUUUCAAUGCUUGUUAAAUCUCUUUUAACUGUGAGUUAUAGGUUUAGCUCCUGUAAAAUUCCUCUCAGCCUUUUGUAUCUAUCCAAUGUUGAUAAAAUGGGAACGAUUGUAUAUUAUCUGUCGAAUAUAUGUAUUUCAUAAUUUUUUUUACGUUUGCCGUAUGCAAGUAGACUAGUAAAAAUAAACCUAGCUGUGUAUCUUCAAUCCAUCUCAUAUUAAAUAAUGUAAAUAAAUGCAUCAUUUAAAUUAAAAUCUAUUCAAGUUUGUUACUUUGUGUGACUAAGCAUCUGUAAAACCCAUUCCAUGGCACUUCUUAAUUUUCAGUCAGAUGUCAACAGUAAUAUCAGUUAGGAGUUGUAAGCGGGAUUUGUAUUAACCGAGUCUGACUGUAUGUUUAGAGACCUGCACCUUCAGUAUGACACUGCCAAACAAAAUGUCAGAAACCGUACAUUGCCUCCUGGCUGAGUUGAAAUUCACGUCCAUCUUUGGCUCAUAGAGUGGCUGUGUGUCAGACAUCUUGAGGGAAUGAAGGAUGCCUGCAGAUGGAAAUGGGUUUUUACUAUUGUAAGUUCCAAACUUUACCUCUUGGAAAGUGACCCUGAGGAGAACAACCUCCAAAUAGAGGCACUUGUCCCAGUUUACAGAGCUAUGCAUAGCCUGUUUUUAAUUGUGGUGUGAAAUCCAUAUUCUAAAAUAGACACACCAAUCUCUUCUCUUGAAUACUGCGUUCACCCAGAUAGACUUUAAUGUAUAGAACGAGUAACAGUAUUCACAUACUUGUCUUCAAGUUUUAGAGGAAGCAAAUCAGGUUCCUGUUGAAACCUACAAAAGGGGUCAUUCUGCAUUAAAUGUAUUUUCAUUAUCUGAAGCAUUGUCUAUAUAAAGCUUUAGACAAAUAUGUGAUGAUGCCUCCCUAGGAUGUUUCUCUAUUUUCAUAUGAAUAACAUAGAUAAAGCAUUAAAAUAUGCAUACUGUUGCAGUGAGUUCUCCCUAGGUGAAGAAGAAAAGAAAAAAAAAAGUUUUCAGCCCAUCUUGAUAUCUUCAAGAGGUGUGCAAAAACCAUCACAGAAUCCCUUUACUCACUCUUAAAACUGUUUCACUCAUGAAAAGACAUGAGUGAAACUGCUGCACAAACAGACAGAUGUCACGGAACCUUCCUUCAAAUUUAUCGUGAAUGGACUUAGAGAUGGAAAAUGUUCUCCUGUAGAUGAAGCCAACAGAACUGAUGUAAACAUAAGAAUAAAAAAAAUAAUCUAUGAAAGGUUUUUCCAUCAUCUCUUAAAAGUAUUGGCUGAGAAAAAUGGCAAGAUCUGGGAGAUGGUUUUUAUUUUUUAUUUUUUUCUACCUUUGCUUUUUGCCAUCUUUUGCCAAAAAAACUGCUUCAGAUGAUCACAAACUUGUCCCUGUUUUGUAUUGUGAUGUUUGUUAGUUCAUGUGAGUUUGUUAUAAGAAUAGAAUAGUAAAUGUGCUUCCUUCAUUUUUUCUUCUUCAUAAUGUAGUUAUUGACUUGAAUAUGUUUUGACAGUUUUUUUUGUUUUUAAUAUUUCCUUUUCUCAAAAGCAUUUGCUAGCAGAGGGUUUUUGGCACUCUGCAUUCUGUAAAGUAUUUAAAGCCAGAUUCAGUGGUCCACAAAACCACACACACUUUGAGAGAACCACACUCGAAGGACUUUUUCAGGCUAAGUUUUCAGGCUUUGCGACAUUUAUUAGUCGACAUUUUUAGUUUAUGUUAAACUUUCUAUCAGGACAGGCUUGAGCAUUUGCUUGUGUGUGCUUGCAGAAAGACUUAUGAAAAAGAUACAGAUAUAAAAGGAGCAUUAGAUUUGACCAGUUUCUCCACAACAGCAUAACAAAAUGAAAUAAGAGUUGCAAAGCAUCGUCAGAGUUGUAGUUGUACAAGAAAUGGAAGCUUGUUGAACUACUCCUAAACUGACACCUACUUCACUUUAGAAGAUGGUCUAUGCUAGUUUAAUGGCUCUUUGUGUUUGUUGAUCAUAACAAUUAUGUCUGGAUCUGUGUCACAUUACACACUUUCUGCAUUUAAUUGCCGUGUGUUUGUAUUUGUAGUGAGCAUCUGGUGUUGCAUUUUAACACCAUGCAAAUUGUUUUUGUUUUUUUACUUGAGAGGGGUGUUGUCAAGUCACUUCUGGGAGCCUGCAGGCUCAGCCAGAGAACAGUGUAUGUAAAUGUCCUUACAUGACUCCUGCUUCCUUCGCAGGCAGCUGUGUAAUUCCAGGUUAAGAGCCAUUGAGGUAUGGGUGGUGUCUUGUCUAGAUCCAUAAUUAUUUUAAGGUUUCAAAAUCCCACAGUAAAUGUGUGUUCAAGGCCGGAAGUUCAACUAUAAAGUUAAUAAUUAGGAACAUCAAAAAUAUAUUUUAACCAAUACGUUUUAUUUCUACAAUAACAUACCUUGAUAAAAGGAAUUGUGAACUAUUACAUGAUGUUCCUUUAAAAAUAUAUCUGCAUAUUUAUACAAGUAUUUACCAAAAUGACUUUGUUAUAACAUAUGCUGAUGCAUGAAGUAUUUAGAGCACAUAAUAUUAGUGUAUUUGCUGCAGGGAAACAAAUCUCCCAGAUGUGUAUCUUUGUUAAAGGAUAAAUAUGCAGAAAUGUGUAAAGAAUGAAAAACUGUAGCGUUGGUUUAUUACUAAAACAUGCUAAAAAAAAAAAAGGUCUUUACUAAUGAUAAUGACUGCAACACAAAAGCACAAAUAGUGACUUAAAAAAAGACUACAUUAUGGACUUUAACAUGCACGAUGUAGGUGUUUCUACAUACCAUCUGUACAUGUGAUUCAAAGAAAUACAAAUUAAUUGCAUUGAAUUUACAGCAUUCAGAAUGCAAGUAGCACACUAUUGCUUACUAAUAUCAGGAAUGUAGACUUUAUCUUGGCUGUUGUUUUAAUUCAUUUCUAGCAUUUGUUAUUAAAAGGUUAGGCAGGAUCAUCUUUAAUAAUCCAGUAGAGGUAUGCCGGAGGCAUCAAAGGCAGGCUAUGGUUAAAUUGUCUCCAGCUCCCACAAUGGGCAGUAAAUGGUUCCAAAGUUGCUUUUAAAUGGCCUUUAUUCCAGUCACCCUGAAAUGACCAGGUAACUGUAUAGACAGUUGUCGUUCUUUGUCAAGGCAAAGGAAGAUAUAAAGAAAAUGUCCUGUUACCUCGAUAUGUGCUAGUAAAACAGAGAUUAUGUAUCUCUGCCGCAGCUGAACUGGUUAAUGUAAGAACAGAUAGGAACUCUGUAUAUAACUUUACAGCUUUCACAAACUAGUUAGAUGGAUUUUUGAUACAUAGCACGACCUCUGACACAAGUGUAUCUCUCUCUAUUAACGGUCUCUUUCAAACCUGUUUGUGUGUUUGCUUGAGCCAUGGACUUUAGAUAUUAAAUAUCCAAAAAGUAGAAUGGUAUACAAGUCUGAAAGCAAUAGAAGAAAGAAGAAAGGAAAACUAUAGUGUCAGAAUUACAAACAUGUAUUCCUGACACUAUAGCUCUAAAUGUGCUUUUUAGGUGGCUAUAUGGGUCCGGCUCCCCUUUUCCCCUUUUAAAUGGGAGAUUGUAAUCACCGUUUACCCAGUAACACGUGGGUCUCUUUGAUGCCGGCUCUGCCUCCUUGGAUAUGAUCAACAAAUUUGGUGAUCUCAGCCAAUCCAAUGCAUUGGUAGCAUCUCUUCAUUGAGUUGCAUUUUAUCAAUGCAUUUCUAUAGGGAGCGUCCAGAGUGCUGUGCCCAGUAAGCACCUCUGAAUGACUGCCACUAGAGGUGUUUGUAGACGAGUAAUGUAAACACUUUUCUCUGAAAAGGCAGUGUUUAAAUGAAGAAGCCUGCAGGGGUAUACUGUAGACCCCAGAACAAAUACAUUAAAGGAUCACUAUAGGGUCAGGAACACAAACAUGUAUUCCUGACCCUAUAAUGUUAACACCACCAUCUAGCCCCCCUGGGCCCCUCAUACCUCCAUAAAUAUAGUAAAAAUCUUACUAUAUUCAAGCCUGAAGCUGUAAAUCUGUAUGCUGUUAGACUCAGAAAAACAAGCAGUCUGCUGACAUGUGGUAGCCUGAUCCAAUCACAGUGCUUCCCCAUAGGAUUGGCUGAGACUGGGCAGAGCCAGCAUGAUUCAAACACAGCCCUGGCCAAUCAGCAUCUCCUCAUAGAGAUGAAUUGAAUCAAUGAAUCUCUAUGAGGAAAGUUCAGUGUCUGCAUGCAGAGGGAGGAGAUACUGAAUCACAGGAUGCUCUGCACACACAUUAUGCCUCCAUCAACUCCGAAGUCCCUCUGGUUCACUCUGAGUGACUGCAACUGGAGGUGUUCCUAGCUUUCAAUGUAAACAAUGUAUUUUCUCAGAAAAUACAGUGUUUACAUAAGAAAGAGAGGCUGCAGGGAGCUAUAGCUCUCACCUGAACAACCUCAUUAAGCUGAUGUUGUUCAGGUGACUAUAGUGUCCCUUUAAGCUGUAGUUGUUCUGGUGACUAUAGUGUUCCUUUUCAUUGUGCUAUUUUUGAGUAAUUGAAAGGUGCUUUUUGGCUCACAAUCUAUAUAUCACUGAUUUGGUUUUAGUUUCUAGUUUUAGAUAAUCUUUCUUACCUAUUGUUCUCUGGAAGUUUUUCAGUAGAUAUACUGUUAUUUUGGUUUAAAUUUUCUACUCGAUGUCGAUGCCAUUAAAACUAUGUUUCUCUUAAAGUAGAACUGGCACAACUGAGCGUUUUGUACACUCCGAUUGCUAAAGAAAAGGUAACUAUGGAUUGUGCUAUUUUUUUUUUUUUUUCUGGAUAAUUUUAGUGUUUUUUGGGGGUUUUUUUUUGCACUGUAUGUCUCCCACAACUAGAGCAUGCCAUGCAAACCCAUUUGAGGAUUCCGAACAAGCACUUAUGGCUUUUUUAUGCCAGGAGCAUCGUGGGGCCAUCAAGUCAUCCUGAACACAGAUAUGCAACAGAAGUGUGUUUAUUUACUUGUCCCUGCUGCACUUCUAACCUCAGUUAGCAAUUACUGAAGAACUAUCUCUUUUAGAGUGCUUUAAAUCCUGUUACUUUCUCCUUCGUAUAAAUCACAUAUUAAAUCCUCCAUUUAUUCAUUUAAACUUAAAUUACAGUCCGUGGCAAAAACAAAAUAUGAGGAGUAAUCAUGCAAUACAGAAGCUAGACCACAGGUUUAAAUCAGGAAAUGUAUAUUUGUUUUUACAAAUGUCAUUUUAUAUGUUAGAAUUUGUUUUGUAUAUGCUUCUUCGUAUUUCUUAAUAACCUAAAACUUGUUUGAAGUUUUCUAAAUCAAAGUUUAGUGUCAUUUGGUUUUGAUUUUUCGUAACAACAAACUGUUUAUUUUGCGUUUGGUUACAUUACCCAGCAGACCAUUAGGCCUUAAAUAAAUAAAAAGUAAACCUGAAUGGUGAGUAUUUGUGCCAGUGAUAUACCUAGUGCAUGUGUUUUCAUGAUUCUACCUAAAUAUUUAAUAUGCUUUGGAAAUACUGAGAGUGUACAUUUUGGGCAAGACAUAGGUAGCACUGGAAAAAAAAGAGGACUCACCUAUAGGGAGAAUUUGAUGGGGUUCCAGUCAUCGACAGAAUUUCAUGGUGUAUCUGAAGGGAGGUAGAUAUAUACUGGACAAAACCCUUCCCACAAUUCCAGCAUACUGCCUUUGUGGUCAGGGACAAAGGCCGAAGGUAGUGAAUAAGGUUUGAGCUAUACCAACCAGUAAGAGGAACUUGGUUGUGGUGUGCCGAAACCAAUCACAUGAAGGCUUGAAAAAAAAAAGAAGGCAAAAAUAUUAAUACCAGCUAUCUCAGAACAAAAAUAAUUAACAAAGAAACCUAAUUUGGGUCUAUAGAUAUACAACUUGAAGACUGGUAAAAUGAGUAGUUUAUGAAAGCUUGGAGGCUAGAACUUGACAGUAAGUAUAAGUGAAUAGCAAAAGGUGUACAGCGGUUCAAUAACCUAAAACCAAAUUUAGAAAAAGAGCUUGGGGCUCAUAACUAGGUACUAAAUGUAAAAAUAUACAGAGUGGUUGUCAGUAAGGUAGGUAAAGUAAAAUGAGCCCAUAAUGAAAAAUACUCUAGUGAUACCUGUUGUAACAGAGCUCCGACCAAGUACCCUCGGUUGAUGGAAGCUUCCUAGCUUGAGCCGAGGACCAUAAGCACCACACCGAACACCACAACCGCCGUAGCUUACCUGGAGCCUCGCCGUCUUCCGUCCACCCUGUAUACCUCCAGCAUCCAGGACUGUGUGGGGAAGACCUCUCCUCCAAGGAGAGAGUGUCAGGAACAAGCUCUUAAAAGAGCUAAGUGAUUCAAGCUCAGGGGAGUAUGCAGAGCAUAGCAAUCCCCAGUGCGAUUAUAACAGCUCCCUCCAAUAACAAGACAAGGCUACAUUUAGAGGGAUCAAGAAGAACUGUCUAAACCUUUAUUUUACUUGGGACUAGCCCAUAUGGUCAUUACAUUAACAAUGCUGUGAAAACUCAAUAAAAUUACAAACAGCCAAAUCAUAGCAGGCAACAUACCGUGACUUAUUGUAACACAAUGGCAUAUUUUUAAAGGAGUGGACAAUAUUUAACAGAAAAUAUCUCACGUGCCUGCAGAAUUAGCAAUAUGCAAAUCUACCCGAAUAUGUAAAUGAACCAGUCUUGCUAUUCAGGUAGUGCAUAUUGCUGUUGCUACCAACAGUCGGCACUUGACAAGCUCCAUAGCCAAAUCCACCUAGUUGGUAGCAAACCUGAGGAGUACAGGAGAGCAGGCAAUACAUUUCACAGUACACACUAUAAACAAUUAAAUUACACACACCCUGCACCUAUAAUGGUUACAGGGUGACUAAAACAUAAGAGAAAUAAAGCAACCUACAUAAAUAGUUUCUCUGAAGGUAGAAUAGGGGCUUUAAAGCCAAAUACAUCAAAGAGUCAUAGUCACAGGGGAAGAGGCUGGCAAGCAGGCCCUCCAGGACCAAGUGGCGAAGGGCACUUUGUCACAACUGUUACCAAAGAAUACAGAAAAAAAUUGAAUAGUAUAUUAAAUGAUCCAGUUGACCGUGUAUGCUAAAAUUGAUCCAAAUAGUUUAAGGUCGGUAUGAGGCAUACAUGGCGAGACAUGACGUGUUGAUCAGUUCUUAUCAUGAAUGAAUGUGUGCGAUAGGCCAUGUAUAAGGUGGGCAGUAUAUAUGAAUAUCAAAACCCCUUAUAUACCAAGAAGCGAGGGUAGGUGAACACAAAAUAUCAACUUGUGGAUAACCAGACACAUGUUUGGAGCAAACCCUGGACUUUAAAUGUAAGAAGGAAUGACAUGUCAGAACCUAAAGUGUUGUGAGAUAUAAUAUUAACAGUGAAUAAUAGAGGUGUAGACGAAAGCACCGAAAACACACAAAAAAACAAACAAGAGAAGCGAAAGACCAUAGAUUGUCAGUUGUAAAAGACAUUUAUAACACAUCAGCGGAUGGUGUUUCCUCUGUGACAGGGAAUGCUCCCUAACAAAAACAAUUAAGUAACAGUUCCAAGUUGAUAAGUGUGUAAUCUCUGUAAUAAGUGGAAUCUAAGUAAUCAAAUACCAGUUAUUAGUGAGCAUUUGACCACUGUGAUAGCAGAAGCUCUGCAACCAAAUACCGAUAAUGAACUUGUGACAAUAAACAUGUGAUAGAGGAUGCUCAGAAACUAAUACCAGUUUGACGAGUGUGUUACAUCUGCAAAGGUGGAAGUUCAGAAGCAAAUAGAAACAUAGAAUGUGACGGCAGAUAAGAACCAUUCGGCCCAUCUAGUCUGCCCAAUAUUUCGAAAUACUUUUUAUUAGUCCCUGACCUUAUCUUAAGUCUAGGAUAGCAUUAUGCCUGUCCCACACAUGCUUAACCUCCCUCACUGUGUUAACCUCUACCACUUCAGCUGGAAGGCUAUUCCAUGCAUCCACUACCUUCUCAGUAAAGUAAUACUUCCUGAAAUUAUUUUUUAACCUUUGCCCCUCUAAUUUAAGACUAUGUCCUCUUGUUGUGGUAGUUUUCCUUCUUCUUUUAAAUAUAGUCUCCUCCUUUACUGUGUUGAUUUCCUUUAUGUAUUUAAAUGUUUCUAUCAUAUCCCCCCUGUCUCGUCUUUCCUCCAAGCUAUACAUGUUAAGUUCCUCUAACCUUUCCUUGUAAGUUUUAUCCUGCAAUCCAUGAACCAAUUUAGUAGCCCUUCUCUGAACUCUCUCUAAAGUAUAAAUAUCCUUCUGAAGAUACGGUCUCCAGUACUGUGUACAGUACUCCAAGUGAGGUCUCGCCAGUGUUCUGUACAAUGGCAUGAGCACUUCUCUCUUUCUACUGCUAAUACCUCUCCCUAUACAGCCACGCAUUCUGCUAGCAUUUCCAGCUGCUCUGUUACAUUGUCUUUCUACCUUUGUCAUCUGAAAUAUCAAAUAUAUAAGACAGAUUUUCCUAUAUCCUAUAUAAGACAGGUUUUUAUGGUCUGUUAAAAUGGUAACCGGAUGUAAUGUCCCUUCUAACAGAUGUCUCCAUUCUUUCAAUGCCAUUAUUACUGCCACCAGCUCCCUAUCUCCAAUGUCAUCCCUUCUCUCCGUGUCGGAUAAUUUCUUUGAAAAGAACCCACAUGGAUGUAAAGGUUUAUCAGAACUUUGUCUUUGAGACAAAACUGCCCCUUUACCUGUUUCAGAAGCGUCUACUUCAAGUAAAAAGGGUAAUGCGGUGUCGGGAUGAACCAAUAUUAGGGCAGAAGCAAAAGCUUUCGUAAGGGUUUCAAAAGCAGAUAAAGCAGAGGAUGACCACGUCUUGGUAUUAGCACCUUUCUUAGUCAUGUUUGUUAUAGGUGCUACUAUGGACGACAACCCUUUAAUGAAGCGCCUAUAGUAAUUGGAAAAUCCAAGAAAGCGUUGUAUAGCUUUAAGUCCCCUUGGUAAAGGUCAUUGUAAAAUGGAUUUAAGCUUAACCGGGUCCAUCUUAAAACCAUCACUGGAGAUGACAUACCCUAGAAAACUUAUCCGAGAUUGGUGCAAUACAAUCCAUGUUGUAAAAGCCGUAACAAUACAUUUUUCACCUGUCUGUGAUGUGCCUCUCUGUCCUUGGAAUGGAUCAGUAUAUCGUCCAGAUGUACUAUAACGCAUACAUGUUGAAAAUCCCUUAACACCUCAUUGAUUAGGUCCUGAAAAACAGCUGGGGCAUUACAUAGUCCGAACGGCAUUACUGUGUACUCGUAAUGAUCGUAACGAGUAUUGAAGGAUGUUUUCCAUUCAUCUCCCUCACCAAGUUAUAAGCUCCUCUUAAGUCUAACUUGGUAAAAAUCUUGGAGCCCUUUAAUCUGUCGAACAACUCUGUGAUCAGAGGAAUGGGGGAUGCAUUUCUAAUGGUUAUCUUUGUAGUAGGUGUUUUUACCAAAAGAAUUGGUCUGAUUUUCUGUAAACAUCCCUCAGUACACCCUUGGCCCCAUGAUACUAUUUCUCCUUGAUCCCAAUUAAUAAUGGGGUUAUGUUUCUUCAAUCAGGGAAACCCCAAAACCACUGGAAAAGCUGGAGAGAAGAUUAAUAGGAGUAAGGCUAUUUCCUUGUGUAAGAUACCAAUAUUGUUUCAUGGGAAAUCACGGGCUUCGACAGUGGUCUACCAUCUAUGGCCUCAACGGCCAAGGGUGUAGCUCUUAACUUGGAGGGAAGAGAAUGACUAUCAGCAAAGGCCUGAUCUAUGAAACUCUCUGCUGCUCCUGAAUCUAUUAAAGCCAUUGUUUUUAUGGAUCUCUUCUCCCUGGAAAAGGAGAUGGAAUUAGAAGGCUGCGGUUUUUGGAGGACAUGAUAGAAACACCCAAGGCCUGUCCUCCAAAGGAACAUUUCCCGGCCUGGUAGGGCAAUUUAGGCAAAGAUAGCCUUGUUGCCCACAAUACAAACAAAGACCUUCUCUUCUCCUGUACUGUUUCUCUGCUUCAGUUAAGCGAGUAACCCCCAGUUGCAUUGGUUCAGGAAUUGCUAAAGCCAUAGAAUCAGGGUUCUGAAAAGAAGGGGACAAUCUAAUAGAAGGUCUACGGUACGAGUUCUAUCUCUGGUAUUUCUGGUAUGUCUCAUGGAUACGUGAAAUUAAAAAACCAGGUCCUCUAGAUUCUCUGGAAGGCCUCCUCAUCUAGGAUAGCAUCAGACAAACCGUUUAGAAAAACGUCCAUAAAUGCCUGAUUGUUCCAUUUCACCUCUGCAGCCAAGGAUCGGAAUUCUAAAGCGUAUCCCACAAGCAUUCUGUUGCCAUGGCUGCAUUGGCCUUCCUACCCGGAGGAUCAAAGGUUCUCCUAAAUGCUGCAACAAAAGCGUUGUAGUUGUAUGCCAAAGGGUUAUUGUUCUCCCAUAAUGGAUUAGCCCAUGUAAGUGCCUUCUCUAUCAGUAAGGUUAUUAUAAAUCCAACCUUAGCCCUGUCUGUUGGAUAGGCACAGGGUUGUAACUCAAAAUGAAUACUAAUCUGGUUUAAAAGCCAGAGGUAACGGUGAGGUAACGUGAGAAGAGGCACCAACUGUGGCUACUUCUAAACCUGUUGUUACGGGGGCAAUAGGAGAAACCUGACUCUCAUCUUCCAGAGUGUUCGAAUGUGACAAUAAUGACUGCAAGGUCAGAGCAAUCUGAUCCAUUCUAUGAUUCAUUGCCUCAAAUCGGAGGUUGUAGGGACCACUCUGAGGGUUUGCAGGAUCCAUCUCUCCCUGUCAUAAUGUCAGGAUCCAAUACGCAGAAUGCAAAAUAAGAACGUAUACCGGGCCUUAGAAUGGUCGGACUAACGUUGGAAAGUACAGAGAAAAGUCCGGGACAAGCCGAGGUCGAUGGAGCCAGAAAACACGCAAGCGAAUAAACAAGCCGAGUCAAAGGGAAGGAGAACACAGAAUAGUCAAAAUCAGAGCCAAGUCAAAUACCAAGAAACCAAACCAUAGUAUGCACUAUAGGAACAGACAAGCUAGAACCACAACAGGGCAAUGAUUCAUUGCAAGUGAGUACUUUUUUGUAGGUUGGCUCUUUAAGUGAUGACCACGCCCCCAAAUCAUCCAAAUGUAAAAGUUUUGGCGGGCCGUGACGUCGUUGAUAUAUAUACAAUAUAUAUUGUGUUCUAUUCUUUAAGUGUAUUACUCUGUAACUCAAUGUUUUUCUUUCCAUUGUCCAUUAAACAAGGAACAAAUAAUGUUGUUGUGUCAUUUAACAAAGUGUUUCUAGGCAGAAUGGCAUAAACUAUAACUGUACAUAUUGACUGACAUAUUUUUUUUUCCAAAUACGUGGUAUUGAAAUGGAUAAAAACAAAGCAGUAUUCAAUGUGAAUAAACAGUUUCUAAGGUUUUUAUUUGUAUGUUAUUACAGAAUUGGAAGACUGUUUGAUGGUACAGAGCCUAUUGUGUUGGACAGUUUAAAGCAGCAUUAUUUCAUUGACAGAGAUGGGCAAAUGUUUCGCUAUAUUUUGAACUUCCUACGAACAUCAAAACUCCUCAUCUCUGAUGAUUUCAAAGUAAGUUCACAUUUUUUUACAUUUGUUUUUUCUCCUUUGUAACUCUAUUUGUGUAAUAUAUGUGUCACCCAAAUGUAAGUUUAUAAAGAUAUUUGAUUGUCUCUAAUUACAGCUGACAAAAUCCCUCAUUCAAUCACUGGUCUCCAAUAACAUCUCAUAGGAAAACUGUGUUGCAUGCCUGUUCAGUUUACUCACAACCAGAAUUUAAUUUAUUGGGGAAGAAGAUAAAUGUCUCACAUAUGGAUAGCAGCCAUCAAUAUUCUAUUUCAGGAAAAAAGGGAUAACAUGUUCACCCAUACCAAUAAAACUUGCAAGCUUGCACAUUUUUUUAUUUUUUUUUAAAAUACUUUAUUUUUAAACAUAGGUAGAUGUGCGACAUAUUAUUUAGACAUCACAUAGCAGUUCACUAAUGUUACAUUAAAUGAUACAUUAAAAGUACAUGGACCAACACCUACCCAACAAGCAUUUCAUCAAUCUUCUUUUGACUCUUACUUGGGCAUUUACUAUGUUAGUGGCAUCGGCUUUAAAAUGUAUGUUUGUUUGUUUUUUCAUUUUUGGAUAUAUAUUUUAUUUUAUUUUUUGUUAUCAUGUGUUAAAAUCGUGCAGCCAAUUUGUAAAUAGUCACUUGUCGGCUUGUGAAGUUUUAAGAUAGUGGCAGCUUGUGAUGUUUUAAGAUAGUGGGGCGCCAGUCUCAUCCCCCAGAAUUUUACUCUUCCCUAUACAGUACAGAAAUACUCAUACAGUACAGAGCGUUGAGUACAUUACAUAGAUAAGCAUACCACAAACUAAGAUGAGAAAAAAUAGAGAUAUAAAAAUAGAUAUAAACAAAGCUGAGCACAGUACAAAUAUACCUAUACAAGGCGUUCCCAAUUAAUUUACAUUAACAUACACACAUUGACACAUAUACACAGUGUCAUGUGCACACACUGACACACUCAGAUACACACACACACACACAAACCGACAUACACACUUAGAUACACACAGUGACACAUACACAAACCUUGACACACAGAUACACACACUGACACAGUCAGACACACAUACACUCUCACUGACAAACACACAUACUCUUUACAGACACACAUACACUCUCACUUGCAAACACACACUCAUUGACAGACACACAUACACUCUCACUGACAAACACACAUACCCUUUUGCAGACACACAUACAAACACAUAUACACUCUCACUAACAAGCACACAUACAUUCCCACUGACAAGCACACAUACACUCUUUCACAGCCACACAAACUCCCUAACAGGCACACGUACAACUUAUUAUAUUUUUUAACAUUUUACUCCACCCAGCCCCCCUACCUUUGGAGUGCUGGCAUGGAGUCUCUGUCCCAUUGGUCCAGUGGGGCUUCUUGGCUGAGUGUGCAGACCCUGGGGUCCAGUUGGGCUGCUGAGUGGGUGGCGUUUGGGCGGGCGAGGGAGCAGUGAUCUCCCUGCUCAGCUCCCUCGUGCGCCUCUUAGUGAUGCCGGAGCAUGAGUGACGUCAUAUUCCGGCUGCAGCAUCACUGUGAUGCCAGCUGAGCAGAUCAUCGCCCACUGCUCCCUCGCCGCCCGCGGCCAUUUUAUUUUUAAAUUCACUGUGAUGGACUACACAGAGCUGCAAUAUAGAGAAACCCACACAGUACAUGUUUUUGUAUAAUGCACCAGCUCUCUUUCCAUCGUCCUAGCCCUCUCUUAGCUUUCAUUUAAAUUAUCUAGUUUUCAGUAGUGCUCCUGCUAUGAUAACCUUAAACUUUCUGUUUAAUAUUGCUGCUGUUAUGAAACAUGUCAGCUACUCCAUCAACUCUUAACACAGGGCGCACAUGGUCAAAGCAUCAAUAUACUGAUAAGCUCCAGCCAUAUCUGCUACUCCUGACUCACUGUCAGCUCUCAGCACACAAUGUACACAGGAUUAAAGCAGCAGGAUACUUAUUACCUCUGCAGCUGGCAAUAUAAUUAUUCUGCUGUGGUAAUAUAGAGCUAAGAAGUAGCUGACAAGGUUUACAGAAUCAAGAAUCAUUGCAGAUUGAAAUAUAAAUCAGAUCAGUCCUCAUAGUCACAGCCCCAGUCUUGCAGUAUGAAGCUUCACAGAUUUUCAACUAGCCAAAGCAGGAGUGUCUCAGGCCUCCGCUGUAGAGUGGCUGAGCACUUUAAUGGUGUUGGUGGUGGGUAUGUGCAGCAGGAGUUAUUAAAACUAUUAGUUACAGGCACCACAGUGCUCAGUUUAAAAAAUCCCCCCUUCCCUUGUCACCCCUGAGCUUCCCUGGCUUUAUUUAUGUUUUAAUUAUAUAUUUGAGUAAAUUCAUUUGCUUAAUCAGCCCUCAGACAGUUACUAAGACUAUUGGGAGAAAGGAAAAUAUAAUUGUGAACCCUUACAUUUGGCAGGGUCCAAGAGCUGCUGCUUCUGUCCUCUCUCACCCUGGUGCUCUCAGUUAAUAAUGGCCCCCGAAUAGAGGGCAAUAGUAUGCAUUCACUCAUGGGCAGCUGGCUCUGCUGCCUACAUGUCAAAUCAAUUGAAAACCCUUCUUAAUGGACCUUAGGCAUGUGAAAAACCUCGUGAAUUUUUCUUUUACAUGCCUAUAUGCUCUCAAGAAGGCUUCUUUAAACAGCUACCAAUGGGCGGCGGGGAUAAUGUUUGCAUCAUUUGGCCAUUCCUUCCCUUGAUGGCAAACACUACCAAAAAUAACAUUAAAGGGACACUCUAACCACCUAAAAAUAAAAAAAAUCACUAUUUAGCACUGAUUAUCCCAAUGAAAACUUGCAUGCGUUUAUAAAAGAGGAAGCACUCUUCAAACAUAAAGCACUUCAGCAAGCGGACAUGCUUUCGAGGUCGGGACUGUCCCUUUAAGUUUUAUCAAUAACAACUUUUUCUCUGUGUUUUUUUUAAUUAUCAUUUUAGGAUUAUACGCUGCUUUAUGAAGAAGCAAAAUAUUUCCAACUCCAGCCCAUGUUGUUGGAGUUAGAGCGGUGGAAACAGGACAAGGAAGCAGGACGAUUCUCCAGGCCUUGUGAAUGUUUGGUAGUCAGAGUUGCCCCAGAUCUUGGAGAAAGGAUCACAUUAAGUGGAGACAAGUCCCUUAUAGAGGAAGUUUUUCCAGAAAUCGGAGAUGUAAUGUGUAAUUCUGUCAACGCGGGCUGGAACCAUGACUCUACACAUGUUAUUAGAUUUCCACUUAAUGGAUAUUGUCAUCUUAAUUCAGUACAGGUAAAUAUCUCACAUUGCCUUACAUGCUUGGUUGUACUAUUUACAUUGUAAUAAUAAGUGAUAGGAAAGGCUGACUUUUGAGCUGCACUGUGAUGGAGUUUGCUGCUAUAAUAGAUUUGUUAUUUUUGUCUCUGAAGUAGCCAAUGUGAUAUUUACAUAUUUAUUAGUUAUGGAUGUUAUGCAGUCACUUCCUUAUUUUACUAUGCACUGCUUUACACUCUCUAUUCAAUAUGAAACAAACUCCUUCAUUUAUGGUGGCUAGGUUUAUCUGAACAAUUAUUUUACACUAUAGUGUGAACCCCUCAACAUAUAUGUUCUCUACUAUACUUUUCACAUUCUUUGUUGAUGUGUCUCUAACAUAUUUGUCUAUGGAUUUAUAUUGCUCUUUAACAGUGCAACCCAUGUUGUGAUUUGAAGUGGUCAUUGUGCCUAAAACAGGGGUAGGCAACCUUCAGCACUCCAGAUAUUGUAAACUACAACUCCACUGAUGCUUUGCCAGUAUUAUGGCUGCGAGAACAUUAUGGGAGAUGUAGUCCAUAACAUAUGUAAAGCCGAAGUUUGCCUAUCCCUGGCCUAGAGUCUGUAUAUGCUGUGUUUUGCUUUAAACAAAUUCCAGAACAAUAUUCCAGGCUGGAUAAUAUCAUUUCUGUGCAAUUUUGGAGUCUGACCUCAAGGCAUAUGUGGCGGAACCAACCUCGCCACUGUGCACUGGAGAAGCCUGGUUGCUCGCCUGCUCCCUUUAGAUUAUGGCCCUGCAGUUCAGAGCUGUUAUUCUCCCUGCUGAAAGGUUUAUUCGUGCCUUUCUGCCAGGGUGUUCGGUAGAUUCCAUCUACCGAACAAACUACCGAACGAUGGACCACCUGGGAGCUGGAGUGUGCCGUCAAUUGAGCGCCCAGAAGCUGCGGUUAACCGCAGCUUAAUUGAUGAACGCUGGGUGGCCUUUGUUCGUCUGCCGAACACGUGGCAGCGGCCAUUUUACCUCCCGAACGGCCAGCGGUGUUCAGCGCCCAAACUAUGGAACUGAAAAUGGACACUGAUUGGCACGAACACCGCUGAGCCACCAGCCUCCUUACCUUCCCAUUCGGUAAGCAGAACCGAAUGACUGUUCAUUCGGUAGUUUCGCCGGAUGAACAGCAUCCCCCAGAUAGCUAAGCCAUGGAGACUAUGGGAAAGACUUUGGCUCCAUGGCGAUUGAACUGUAUGGAGUGUGCACUUCCUUUCAGUCCGGCUGGGAACAGGUAACUGAAUCUCCUGUACCGCGCGGUACCCGGCCGGACUGACAGGACGAAGAGGAGCUCGGCCACCCACUCUGCACAGGGAAGGGGAGAAGAGAGGCAGUGCGGCAGCCGUCUGUGUGCUCUCUAUAGAGCGCUCAGGCGGCUGCAGCAUUAGAAGUGCCGGCGAUGGGGGCGCAGAGCACCCCCUGCAGCUAUAUAGACCCUAUACCCGGCGUAUAAGACGACCCCCGACUUUGGAGAAGAUUUUCCAGGGUUAAAAAGUCAUCUUAUACGCCAGAAAAUACUGUAUAUGUUUUAAGUAAUAAAUGUGGCUGUAUGUAAUUUUAUGUCUUUUACUGUACUGUAUUGUUACUGCCAUUUGGUUAAUGGAGUUUUGCCUCUGUCCUGGGAGAUAAGUGGAUUACUUCCCAAUUAUCUCCAGGACAGAGAGGAGGGAUUGUGAUGUAAUUGUGGGAGUGUUUAAAGGUGUAUGUCUGUGAUUGGCUAAGAGCCAAUAUGUUUCCCAUUUGGUCCCCUAGGGGAGUGUCCACCAGGUGGGAGACCUGCAUAAAAGCCGGGCAGUUAGCCCCAGUAAACCAGAUUUUGCUUGACCCUCAAACCGAAGUGUCGUCUCGUCUUUGGGGGGGAUUUACUGUAUGCUGUUAGAGACUGAUUGCCAGGAGUGUAAGCCACUUGGGGGCUUUUCCUGUUCGUCUGCUAACAGCUAUUCGUGUGUCUCCAGUUCGGGAGUUUGGAGCACUACUUGAUAUGCAGGACGGGAGUUUCGAGUAUUCCCUUGGUUGCAGUUCGGGAGUUGGUGAAUUCGUGGGUUUGCAGUUCGGGAGAUUGGUGCUUGCAGUAGCUGUCUGUGCAUCUGAAAAAGGGGAAUAUCGCCUAAACGGUUUUUAACCUCUUGUAUGCAAAACGGUCCGUUACAGCAUACAACAUGCUUGUACCAGACAUCCAAUGGCGGCACACCCCACCUCCUCACUGUUUCCCUCAGUCCGUCCUUCUCCCAUCCAUCGAGGGCAGUGAUGUCAAGCAAAAAGGAUCGGACUGCAGGAUGAAGUUGGUGAUAGAUCAGAGGUGAGUUUGAGAGAGACUGUGUUUGUGUGUGUGUUGGGGUUUGUCUUUUUAAAUUGGUGGGUGAGCAACUGACAGAAAAGGGACUUAAACCAUUUCCGGAGCUGAGAGCAGAAUUUGAAAAAUGUAAUUAUCUUAGAGUUAAAACUAUAUUGCACAAAGAAUCCAUCCACACCUUGAAUGCAACUGAUUUAAAUGUCUUUGGAAAAAUGUGCAUUGGAAUGAAUGCAGCACUAAACCGCCUUCUUUGUGCUGUUGGAUUUCUCCAUACUUACUAAUCUUCCAUGUAUGGCUCACUGGGUGAAAGAACUUAACUAGGGAUCGACUGAUUAUCGGUUUUACCAAUAUUAUUGGCCGAUAUUCUGUAUUUUCGGCAAGAUCGGUAUCGGCCAAUAAAGAUACCGAUAUUGCCGAUAAUACAUGCCGGGCCCAUUACAAGCCUGGCGGUCCUGGAGGGGGCCCGCAGCAAGCACUUACUUACCUUUCCAACAGCUCCUUCAGCUCCCUGUGUAAAUCUCGCGAGUCCUGCGGCCGCAGAGCGUUGCCAUGGUAACAUGUGGCAACACUCUGCAGCCACGGGACUCGCGAGAUUUACACAGGGAGCUGAAGGAGCUGUUGGAAAGGUAAGUAAGCGCUUGCUGCGGGCCCCCCCACACUGCUCAGUACAUGCCACUGGGCCACCAGGGAAUGCCAUAGCCACCCUCCCUGGCCAGGUAACAAUCGGGGAGGGGGGAAUAAAAUAAAAUUAAAAAAAAAAACAUUCCCCCUUCCCGACCAUUUUACACAAAUUACAUGCCAUAAGAAACACACACACUGUAUUCAUUAUAUAAACACACUACACAAACACACACACACUCUGCAUUCAUUAUAUAUACACACACACACACACUACACAAACACACACUAUGCAUUCAUUAUAUACACACACUACACACACACUCUGCAUUCAUUAUAUACACACACUAUACAAACACACACACUCUGCAUUCAUUAUAUACACACACUAUACAAACACACACACUCUGCAUUCAUUAUAUACACACACUGCAUUCACUUUACGCACACUACAUUCACUAUACACACACACUACACAAACCCACACUAUGCAUUCAUUAUAUACACACACUACACACACACUCUGCAUUCAUUAUAUACACACACUACACACACACUCUGCAUUCAUUAUAUACACACACUAUACAAACACCCACACUCUGCAUUCAUUAUAUACACACACUGCAUUCACUUUAAGCACUCUACAUUCACUAUACACACACACUACACAAACCCACACUAUGCAUUCAUUAUAUACACACACUAUACAAACACACACACUCUGCAUUCAUUAUAUACACACACUGCAUUCACUUUACGCACACUACACACUACAUUCACUAUACACACACACUACACAAACCCACACUAUGCAUUCAUUAUAUACACACACUACACACACACUCUGCAUUCAUUAUAUACACACACUACACACACACUCUGCAUUCAUUAUAUACACACACUAUACAAACACCCACACUCUGCAUUCAUUAUAUACACACACUGCAUUCACUUUAAGCACUCUACAUUCACUAUACACACACACUACACAAACCCACACUAUGCAUUCAUUAUAUACACACACUACACACACACUCUGUAUUCAUUAUAUACACACACUGCAUUCACUUUACGCACACUACACACUACAUUCACUAUACACACACUACACAAACACUCACUGCAUUCACUAUACACACUACACACACACUCUGCAUUCAUUAUAUACACACACUAUACAAACACACACACUCUGCAUUCAUUAUAUACACACACUGCAUUCACUUUGCGCACACUACACACUACAUUCACUAUACACACACUACACAACACUCACUGCAUUCACUAUACACACUACACAAACACACCCUGCAUUCAUUAUAUACACACUACACAAACACACACUGCAUCCACUACACACAAACACACAGCUCCCCUACAUGUAUAAAUAUAAUAAUAAUAACAUGUGGCAUGUAUAUUUUGUGCAUUUACCUUUAGAAAUCGGUUGUUUUUUUUUCAAAAUGGUAAAUGUACAGAAUAUCUGCAAGUCAUCGGCUAUCUGCCAUCGGCCUGAAAGUUCACAGAUUAUCGGUAUCGGCUCUAAAAUACCAAUAUCGGUCGAUCUCUAAACUUAACGUCCAAUUUACACUGAAACAAUGUAGCAGUUUCCCAAAUACAAGGCACUACAUACUGUUUAAGCCAAGCAUGUCAAACUCUCGGGCCGCAUGCAGCCCACAAAGACCAUCUUUGCAGCCUGGCAAGCUGUGAAUACAUGCCUAAUGUUCCAAGCAGAGUAGGCACCUACUUUCCCCACAUUGCAGGUGCCUACUCUGCUAACACUUACCCGGCCGGGGCGGAAGGGAUGGUGGAAGCAGCGAGGGAGCAGUGAGGAGCAGAUAGAAGGACCCCAGGGAGAGGCCCCACAUCGGCUUCUAAAGGUAAGGAGCAAUAAAGAAAAGAAUGUGUAAAUGUGUGAGUGUCUCUGUGUGUGUGUGUCUGUGAGUAUGUGUGUGUGUCUGUGAGUGCCUGUGUGUGUCUGUCAGCAAGUAUGUGUGUCAGUGAGUGUGUGUGUGUCUGUCUGUAUGUGUUUGUCUGUGAGUGUGUCUGUCAGCAAAUGUGUGUGUGUCUGUAUGUAAGUGAAUAUGUGUGUGUCAGUAUGUCAGUGAAUAUGUGUGUGUCAGUGGGAGGAUCAGAUUAGGCACAGGGUUGUAGAGGGGGGUGCUGUGGUUUAGUAGAGGGGGGGACUGGGAUUUAGUAGAGGGUGUGCUGUUUUUUUGUUGUUUUUUUUGCGGCCCACAUAAACUUAAACCUUGUUUAUGUGGCCCAUGCCAUACUUUGAGUUUGACGUGCUUGGUUUAAGCCAUCUUGAGGCCGACAGAAAUUUUUUGAUGAAACACGGGUGUGUUUAGGACUUACAGUCACGGGAGAAAGACAGUUGCCAAUCUUGCCAGGAGGACGUCCAACAAAUUCACGCCAAGGCCAGACUAUGCAAUGCUCAGAGAAAUUGCAAAAACCAAAGAGUUACAUCUUAGACUCUACAACCAAACACAGCAUAUCAGGACAAACACCUCAUACGUACUGCCAAACACGGUGUUGGAAGGGUGAUGAUUUGGGCUUGGUUUGCAGCCACAGGACCUGGGAACCGUGCAGUCAUUGAGAUGACCAUGAACUCCUCUGUAUACCAAAGUAUAGUAGAGUUAAAUGUUAGGCCAUCUUAUGAUAACUAAAGCGUGGCUGAAAUUGGGUCAUGCAACAGGACAAUGAUCCCAAGCACACCAGCAAAUUUACAACAGUGUGGCAGAAAAAGAAAAGAAUCAAGAUGUUGCAAAGGCUUAGUCAAAGUCUGACUGGAUCUUAAGAGAGCUGUGCAUUAACACGUGCCAGCAAACUUCAAUGAACUGAAGCAAUGUUGUGAGAAGAGUGGACCAAAAUUCCUCCACAACAAUGUGAGAGACUAAUAAAGUCAUACAGAAAAUUAUUACUUUAAGGUGGUAAGGUGGUUCUACAAGCUAUUGAAUCAUAAGGUGUACUUUUACACAUGGCUUCUCCAUUUUAGCUCUAUUUUUGUUAAAUAAAUCAUGACACAGUGUAAUUUGUCAUGUGGUAUUUUUUAUCUGAAAUUGUAUUUAUCUAAUCUUAAGACCUACUAAGGAACAGAUGAUUGUUAUUAUGUCCUGAUAUGUAAAACCAUAGUAUUCAAAGAGAAUGUACUUUCUAUUUCCCAUGACUAUAGCUACCAGGGCACCUCCUCUCAGUCCUGGUGAUGCAGGUUAUCUAAGGUUAUCAGAUUUUCUGGACUUGUUCCUGGGUUCCUACUGAUCCCUGAUUCAAAAAAAUAUUUAUAUACCUUAUCAGAGCAUUCGAUCCCUUUGACUCCAGAAAUGUACCUGUUGGACAUGUUACCAGACUACCCCAAAAAAAGCAGAAGGAUCUAUCAUAAUGCAAGUAUUAUUGGCAGCCGAAAGCACUAAAGCAGGUGCUUGGAAAAUCUCCCAACAGCCCUUAGUGGCUGUGGUUCUGGAGCAAUUAUCGGCAAAUAAAAUAUAUGAGCAGAUGUUGCAUUCCAUAGCUGGAACAGUAUCCAAGUUGGAUGGGGUUUGGUCUCGGUGGCACAAAGUAAAAUGAAGCCUACACCCACCUGUUAACCAAAUGAAAGCAUAUAAAUAAUUGAAGAGAGCGAAUGCAUACAUGGCUUGCUUUUAUUGUUGCCUGUAAUUGUACUUUUAUCUUUGGCAUAUUGUUUUGAACUUACUGAAAACCGUUCAAUAAAAAUUGAAACACUGAAAAAAUAAAUUGGGGGUUGGGUGUAUCACCACACUAAUCAAAACCAUUUUUAUUUUUUUUAUGAAAACACAGUUUUUUUGGUUGGAGUAACCCUUUAAGUUCCACUUUAUCAGUUGAAGGGACACUAUAGUCACCAGAACAACUACAGCUUAAUGUAGUUUUUUGGUGAGUAUGAUUGCCUGCAGGCAUUUUAAUGCAAACGCUGCCUUUUCAGAGAAAAGGAAAUGUCUACUUUGCCCCCUAGGGACACCUCCAAGUGGCCACUCCUCAAUUGGCGACUGGAGGUGCUUCCUGGCUGAGUGCGGCACAGUAGGCAGCACUGCCGUUCAGUGUCCCCACGCUAUGCAUGAGGACGCUGAAUUUUCUUUUUUAAUAAAUGCAUCUCUAGGACAGCAUUUUGCCCCACCUCCUUGCCGAUUUCAGCCAAUCCAAUGCUCUCCCUAUGGGAAAACAUUGGCUUGGCUAAAAAUCGGCAAUUCUGAUGAUUUCACCAAGGAGGCGGGUCUGGGAUGGGGGACCCGUGUGGUGCUGGAAUUAAGGUGAGUUUACCUUUUCUAAGAGGGGGAAAGACUCCUAAAUGGUGGGUUAAACCCUAUAGGGUCAGGAAUACAUGUUUGUGUUCCUGACCCUGCAGUGUGCCUUUACGAGCAGGUUGUAGGCACAGCAAGAUUGUCCUUACUCAUGACCACUGAAAAAUGGGGAUUAAACUGUAAGAGUUGCCUGUCUCUCUUUUAAUCUAUAUGUGGUUGCAGCUGUACCCUUUAUGAAUUUUUGUUACAUCAACACAAAAAUAUUUUUUAGUGACAGUCUUGUAUUUAAGAUGGAUUACACCUUUUAAAACUGUUCAAAGGUUUAUGGUUUAAUCCCUUUUUUAUCAUAGGUCCAUGAUAAAACAUGUAUAAAUAUAUUAGACGUCUAUUUUUAUCCAUAAUAGAUACAUUCAUGCGUUAGUGUAAACCAUUUUAGUUUUACAGGUAGUAUAUAGUUGCUUCCUACUAAAUCAACUGCAAUCAAAGUUAAUUCAAACUUUCAUUGAAAACCAUACAUUAUUCCUGCCGGACUACUGCUUUUCAGUCAGCCACCUCUGAUUGUCUCGGAUGUUCACUGAUGCAGUGUGCACAUGACACAAGCCUAAUCAGCUGUCAGGCAGUGGUUGGUGUAAAACUCUAUAAUGGACAUGUUCAUUUUACAGUACUCCAGCUGCCGCAAAUUUUUAUUUAAAAAAAAAUUGUCACAUUAAGUUCAUAGCACAAUUAAAUAAUUCUGCAGAUUUCUAUUCUGUAAUAAAAUCAAUUGAAAAAGAGACUUCUGGAACAAAAGAUUUAUCUCCCCAUUGUGAGUGAAAUUAGGCAUUUCCCACUGUGGGGUGAUUCUGCAUUUUGAAAGCAUUUACUGCUAAAUACUGCAGUAUCUCAUUUGGAAAGUAACAUUAAGUUAAGCCCCCCGAAGUGAAGGUUUGGCAUGCGGGAUGAACAGCUCCAAAAUCCUGCAGAAUUAACCCCUUGUUACCAAGGUUUUCCAAAAUGUCAUGCAUUCAUGACUGAAGCAUAUAUUUGUAGACAGUAACCCCCCACCUCCCCCCCACACCAGGGUAUUUAAAGGAACACUCUUGAUAUUUUAAGAAGACAACGUGAGGUCCUUUCUUCAUGGUGAAUUGCAAAAGACUGAUGUGUCCUACUACUGAAAUGACACACGAUUGUAUUUUAGCUGUAUUUAUAUCUUUGUCUCUUCCCCUCUCCCCCUCCCCCCCUUCUAAUUGUAGAGUCAAUUUAGAGAUAUACCCUAGUUUUGACAUUUCUACAAUUUCUAACUUCUUCUUUGCAAUGAUUAUUUUAAAUGCAAAGGGCAUCCAAUGGUUUUGGCAUAGCACCAAAGAGCUAGGAUGCUUGGGGCAACCCCACAAGAGCUUUCUGGACACUUUCACUAGUUAAAAGUUCAACAAUAGGUCAGAUCGUAGAGCUACUCAUUUUUUUCUAAACAGCCAAUAUACACUGUACAUUAUCGGUCACCUAGUGUAUAUUUGUCGACUGUCGAGAAGAGGUUAAAGAGAAUCUGCCUCAUCUCUGUAAAUUAAAAUGUUCAAUAAAACAUUGAAAAUCACUUAUUGUAACAUGUUAAACUUUUUGUUCCAAUUUAUAUAUUAAAGAUUUAGCCGUUUACAUCACAAUCCUGUUAAUUUCUAUUGUUAUUAUAUUGCACUUUGCAUCUCGACAUACUGUGUUUAAUGUCAGAAAAUGGCAGACCUUAUAACAAUCAUAGACAGUGAGCCAAGAUGGCAGUACUCUGUUUUUGGAUAGAGCAGUGUGGAUUUCAAUAUUUAAUUUUUCAGACCUUACAAACACAUUUGGGAGAUGUAGGGGAUAAUUAAAUCUAAUAUUAAAAAUCCUGGAAAAUAAUUUUCUCUUUUAUGAGCUAAUACUAGUAACAAAGUAUUUAACCAGGAAAGGUACAUUCAGAUUACUCUGGUUUCCAAGUACGUCCUGGCGAUGUUAUUUUUUCCCAAUAUCCAGAGGAUGUUACUAUUCCCAAAUUUUUUUUUUUUUCAAUUUGACAAUUUUUAUUUUCCAUAUAGAAAAAGGGGGGGGGAGGGGAUACAAAAAUGAAUGAGGGGGGGGGGAUGAAUGGGGCAGGGUGGAAUAACGAAGGUUCCACUCAUGACAUUAUACUUUAUACAACAUUUUCACUUUAUACAUUACACAGGUUAUUAGUAUUUAUAAACAUGACUACAACCUUGUCCGGCCUUUCUGUAUAACCAGCUUAUUGUUUUGGCUCUUUAACAUGUAUCUCCAGAUGCUGGUCUGGCUGAAGUUACCUAGUAUACCAUUAGUGUUUCAAAGGUGGGGAUGGGAAUCACAGACAACAAAUGUGGGGUAUGAUGGGGUGGGGUUAGUUGGUACCGUGUGUAUUUCCAACGGUCAUUAUAUCCCACUUUAUUUAGUACAGCCGUAGUUUGGAUAGUUUAAACAGUGUCGGCGGGGCGCUAUCCAUGCACCUCAGCCCGGAGGUGUCCACAUGUUUACCAGCCUGUCCUGCGCUCGUUGUCGUGCCUUUUUACCGUGUGGCCUAUGUCAAUGAGUUGGACAGAAGGAGGUGGUGGGGGGAGGGGUGGGGGGGGUCCAGGUGCUCACCCGGGGGGGGAGGGGUAUGAGGGGAGUUAGCUUAAAUAUAUACACUGGUGGGUUGUUUGUCUCGUCUGUAUGUGGUACAUCUACCUGGUUUCUUUUGAGAAGGGUUCGCUGUACCUGUUUGAUCUCUCAUCACCGGCCUCUUUCCACUGUUUCCCGGGGUAUACCCUCUCAGAUUGCGUUGGUGAGGCUAAAGAAUCUUACUCAUCCCCAGUUGUUUGGGACUUCACCUUGUUCCAGUAUUGUUCCCAAAUUUUCCCCGCCUCCAUAGUUGCCACUCCCGUCCCCAAUUGUUGGGCCGCCAUGCGUUCAUAUUCCCAAUUCUUUUGGAUCUGGGUAACUAGCUCAGCUUUUGUGGGGAUGUUCCGUGAUUUCCAGUUUUUUGCUAUUAGGUUACAUGCUGCUAUCAGCGUGUGGAAUAGGAGUUUGGAGUGGACCUUGGUCAGGCCUUCUGGCCAUAUGUAUAGGAGGCAUGUAGCCGGGGUCAGGGUCAUCUUUGCAGGAAGCAGUUGGUCCACGAUGGUGCUCACCAUGGCCCAGUAAGGUUGCACGUCUUUACACGUCCACCAAAUAUGUAUUAGUGAGCCUGUGUCUAGCUGGCAUCUCCAGCACUGAGUAGACACAUUCGGGAACAUGUGUGCUAGCCGUGUGGGGACCAAAUACCACCUGUAUUGCAGUUUUCUCACUUGUUCAAAGUGUGUAAUGCAGGCUGUGUUGCCCUUGUGGAUUGUGAAGGCUCUGGACCAUUGGGCCUCCGUGAAGGUGCUGCCAAGGUCUUUGUGCCAUGCCUGUAUAAAGUUGUCUGUGGAUGCGUGAGUGCCCUCAAGCAAUGUGCUAUAUAUUUUUGAAAUGCUUCGUCUGUGUGGCUUGCCCGUGAGGCACCACGUGUCAAAGUUUGAGAUCAUGGGUGUCAUAGGUGGAGUCUUGGGUUGCCGUAGGGUGGACUUGAGCUGCAAGUAUGAGAAAAUUGCUUUACUCGGUAGGUUGUACUGUGUUUGUAGGUCCGGGAACUGUUUUAGGGAUGUACCCUUGUAUAAGUCGUGUAUGUGUGUACACCCUGCAUUCGUCCAAGUCCGAUAGUCAAAUGUUUUGUUCCUCAGGUGGAUACUAUACAUUGUCGAUGCUAGCGAUGUGGUUCCUGAGCCACUGAGGUGCGUUCUAUAUGUGUCCCAGGUAUGCAGCAUUAGUUUGGUGGUCUCUAGCAUGGUCGGUGUUGUUGGCCUUAGGUGUUUUGGCACCCAAAACAAGUGGUGCAUCCCUGCUCUACACGUCCAUUGGGAUUCAAUGGCUACCCAUUGUGGUGGGUUAUCUGCCCUGUGUGUCGUGGCUAGCGCUGCUAGAAUGGCCGCCUUGUAGUACAGUUUGACGUCUGGGAAGCUCAUACCCCCCCUCUCCGUUGUUCUUUUUAUUGUAGAGUAAGCCACUCUGGGUGUUUUGUUCGCCCACACGAAUCUCGUGAUGAUUUUUUGUAGUUUGACCAUAUAUUGCCUAGGUAUAGGGAUUUGCAGCGUGCGGAAUAGGUAUUGUAAUUUUGGCAACAGUGACAUUUUAAAUGCCGCUAAGCGCCCAUGCCACGAGUGGAAGUCACUGUUCCAUUGGUCUAACGUCUGAGAGGUUUCCUGCAGGAGUUUCUCAUAAUUAUAUUUAAACAUUUGGCCGCUCGUCUUGGCUAGCUUAAUCCCCAGGAAUGUGAUAUAGUCUUCCCUCCAGUCAAAGGUGAAGGAGUUCGUCAGUGUUUGUAAAGUAUGUUCUGGCAGAUGGAUUCCCAUAGCUUGUGUUUUUGUGAGGUUUAAUUUGUAGUAGGAUACUUUGUUAUAUUCUCGUAUGCACUGUAGUAAAUUCGGUAGGGAUAUUAUUGGUUGCGUCAACGUCAGGAGUAUGUCGUCUGCGAAUAGAUUAAGGGUGUACUCCCUGUCCCCCACUUGGACCCCAUGUAUAUCAGGGUGGGCUCUGAUCACUGCAGCCAGCGGCUCCAGUGCCAGUACAUAUAGCAGGGGGGACAGGGGGCACCCCUGUCUUGUUCCAUUGGUAAUGGUUAUCUUUUUUGACACAAAACCCGAAUUAAGUACUUGGGCUCUUGGUGCCGAAUACAAUGCCCUGACCACUGAAAUAAACCCCUCCGGCAUCCCGUACCUCCUCAGGGCCGCCUGCAGAAAUCCCCACCCCAGUCGGUCAAAGGCUUUUUCUGCGUCCAGUGAGAGCAGAACCCCCCCUUCCCGUUUCGCCCCUAAGCUUUGACUAUUCCCAAAUUUAAUGGUACUCCGCUGUUCAGUACAAUGGCUGACUCACGAAUAUGAAGUCAGAGAAAUGCUGCAAGUACUUAAAUUACACAAAUUACAAAGUUCCCAUCUAUGCAUCAAAGCAAAAUCAAAUGGCACACUGACCGCAGUCCACUCUUUCAAAUACCUGGGUAUGUUGUUAGAACCCAAUCCAUCUUUUGGCCUCCACAUAGAAAAAACUUGCAUCAAAUCUUUAUCUAAAACUAGGUGCCCUGUACAGAAACAAAUCCUGUCUAAGCCCUACAUUAAAGGAAAAGAUUGUACACCAAAUGCUGAUGCCAAUCAUUGAUUAUGGGGAUGUAGUAUAUGCGUCUGCACCGCAAUCCCAUGUUAAUAAACUCAAUACAUUGUAUAACUCGUUCUGCCUAUUUGUGCUACGAUGUAAUUACAGGACCCACCAUUGUGACAUGCUAAAAGAACUAAACUGGUUGUUGCUGGAAUCCAGAUGCACCCUUCAUCUUUCCAGCCUUGUGUUUAAGAGCUUUUCUGGGAAGCUCCCACCCUACCUGAGCAGAAUGCUCUCCCCGGCUGUUCCCACCUCCUAUAACCUCCAUUCCAGUACCAGCACUUUAUUUAGUCUACCUCAAUACAAAAAAAAAAGCAGCCCGAUCCUCCUUUUCCUACAGAGCACCGCAAUUAUGGAACGACCUCCCCCACAGUUAUAAAUCUUCCCCAAGCCUAAAGUCCUUUAAGAGAUCCAUCUCUACAUAUCUCAAAACAGAAUGCACCUGUCAUGGUAUCUUUCCUGGUAAAAUAUUUUAUAAAUAAAAUAAAAUAAAUGAAUAGGUUGAUGUCAACAGGCCAAGUGAAAACAGGAAUUUCUGUGGAGUAGACUUUUACUUUACUUAAUUUCCCUUGGAAAACUAUAAAGGCAUGUUCUAAAACAUCUUGGUGCCCUUUUAUGUCAUUUAUCUAAGAUAAAAGUAGAGGCGGCAGAUUUCUUUUACGGUUAAGUUUGGUAGUAAAUGAGCAAGGUAGUGCCCCUUUAUGCAAUUCUGAAAUGUGAAAAUUCAACUCAAAUAAUUACAUUGUACCUGGAUUGAACUACAUAUGUGCUGGUCUAUAAGAUAACUCUUUUCUUCAAAUUACCUUUUCCAUGUGUAUUUUUAUGUAAUUUAGUUGUCAAUCAUGUUAUUGAACUCUGUUUCAGCAUUAAAAUCCUAUUUUUUUUAAAAAUAACUGUUCUUCUUUUGCCCGUAGGUACUGGAACGGUUGCAGCAGCGUGGUUUUGAGAUUGUAGGCUCAUGUGGGGGAGGAGUUGACUCUUCCCAGUUUAGUGAAUAUGUACUAAGAAGAGAACUGAAAAGGACAUCUCGCGCACCUGCUGUCAUUCGAAUAAAACAGGAGCCGUUAGAUUGACUGGACACUUUUUCUAAUGCAAAACGGACAGUUCAUAGGGAGCUGGGACACGGGAGUCCUGGAAUCAACACUGAUUAAGACAUUUCGGCCACCUCAAAAGACAUUCAUAGCUGGAAUUCUGUCACAGCAUCAAGAAGCGUGUUGUUAACCCAGGGGACAUAUUAAAAUAUAGAAACAAAAAUAUAGUAUGUAAAGUCAUGAAGAGUACUGUGAUGGUCAUCACAUAUUAUUCACAUCCGACUGUAUGUUCACAUGAAAAUAUACAACAGUAAGACUAUGUUCAUAGUUUUUAUUAUAUACAUACUAGAAUUCGUAGCCACUGGAAGAGAAAAUCUGGAUAGAAGGGCUUAUGGCAAAAUACAACCACUAUAAUGUAUUUCUAUUGAGUUUCUUAACCCAAAUUAAAAGGGGCAGUCCCAACAGAAUUGACACAUAUUGAUUGCACGACCUUGAUGAUGCUUAAAACCAAGAGACCCUGUAUCAUAUUAGUAUGAGUAUUUCUAAAAUCUAAUACCUGUUUUCAUGCCCACUUUUUAUCGACGUUGACCCAUAUCUGUAUUUUUGUGAAUGGUGGUUUGUGAACCCCUUUUCUAAAAUGUUUCUUCACUCCUCUCUUUAUUCUUUUUUUCCAUCAAGAAAAAAACAAGCUGGUUGCUUUAGGUUGAUGAAAAUACAUAUAAAACAGAAUUCCUACAGUGCAGCUACUCUACAGGUAACAAACAUGGGCUGAGCUUGUUAAAGGUCGAUAUUGUUAUCAACAGAUGUUUUUGGAUAGAACUUGGAGUUAUGUGUUUUCAUUGAUAUUAAGGAGCAAUUCUUCCACUAAAUUAACUUGUUAAAUCUCUGUUUAGUAGAGGGUUGAGCAAUAAAGAUGUUUUCACCAAAGAGUUAAAGUGCUGAUAUGAUAGGUAUGAAUGCAAUGGUUCCUUUUUUUAGUAUUUUAGCAGGAGAGCAUAGUUGGAUAGUUUCAUAGCCUAUGCUGGGAUGCAUGUAAUGACUGCAAGCUACGUCCUUAGUGUAGUGGAACAAUAUGCUUAUUCUCGAAUGUGUCUCAUGAGGUUGCAGAAACAGUGGUUGAAGUUUUCAUCAGUUUUGUAAAGUAAAAAUUUUGCUUGUAUGUCAUUUAUUUUUACAAAACCAGAACUGAUGCACAUUCUCCAGACAUAUAUUUCAGUACAGAAUCUAAAAAUUUAACUCUGCAAGAAUUCCUCCUGAAGAAUUCUCAAUGGUGCACUAUAUAGAGCGACUUUUUAAGAUUAUGUUUUGUGUGUUUGUCUUGCUCGGUCUGGAUCUAGGGUGUUUCAGAGGUAAAUGUUUUUUUGUUUUGUUUUGUUUUGUUUUGUUUUUUUAUACAUGGACAAAGCAACCAUCUCAUGCAGACUAACUGCUAUUAGCUUUUACACUCUAGAAAUUGCUACUGAAAUUUCUAGGUUUUUUUAAUUAUGCAUUGAGAUCUUUAGCACUUAGUAUAUACAUUGUAAUAAAAAAGUUGUUUCAAUAUCGACCUUUAAACUUUACCAGUUCUUUAAAAGUUACAUGAUUGAAUUUGAAUCUAAUUAAAUCAAAAUUAUAUAUUACCAGAAGGUAUUUAAAAGUUUAGAUAGAAGACUGAAUUUGGCACCUUUAAAAUACAUUUUAAUAGUUUGCUAAAAGACUGCUUUUCCAUGAAAUGUGUAAACUGUAUUUAAAACAUACAGUUCUUUUUUUCAUAUAUUUUAUCGUUAAAAAAAACACUCCAAGCACCACAACCACUGUAGUCAUUAUGGUGUCAUCAGUGCCCUUGCCCCCUUUAUUGUAAGUAGUCAAACUAUACACAAACUUAGAUAACUUGCCUCGGGUCUGCUGGGCUCCAGUCAUCUUUUCCUCUGCAUCAUGGAAGCUUCAGCACUUAUAACAUUGUCUGAGAGUGCUUAAAUUAUGCUUUUAGUCAUUGAACCUGCAGCCAUGCACGGCAGGGCUUUGCUCAGAGGCGCUAACAGAAUCUCCUUGCAGGAAUUUCUGGACUCCAUAGGAUGAGGCACCUGGUAGACCCCAGGUAAGUUAUCAAACCAUUCACAAAUGGUUUUUAUUACUCACACUGGAAGGGCAUACCUGGUACCAUGAUGUAGUAGUUAUGGUGUUUAGAGUGUUUAUUUUAAACAAUUAAAAUGCCAAAAGCUAUUUCUUUAAACCAGUGUAAUAAUGCGGAAAUGUCUUGACUGCAAUGAAAGUCUAACAAAGUCUAGUCUAAGAUUUUGCUUAUUAGUCCCUGGGUCUCCUUGGGAAGGAGUGGAAGUAGGGAGCGGUACCCGGCAUUCCCAACGUAAGACACUAUUUUAAAAUGGUUUGACAACUUACAUUGUGGGGUCACCAGGGAACUUCUGGCACCAUUGAGCUGUAGUGGUUAUGAUGCUUGGAGUCUUCCAAAAAAAAUGUACAAUUAUAUAAAUUAUAAACAAACGUCUAGCACAGGUAAGUUGAUAAUUGAGAAUACAGGCAAUUAUACACUAAAAAGUUCACUUGGAAAGUGACUCAAGAACAUUUUUUUUUGUUUACUUUUUUGUUUAGUUGUUACUUUCUUUUUUCUUUGUGCAUUUAUUUUAUUGUAAAGAUCUCAAGUUACACUGUCCGACUUGUUUCUGUUUUAUAACUAUUUUGUUUUUGAGAUAGAACAAUUAAAAUAAAUGUCCAAAAUAUGAAUUGGAUGUCUCCUGAAAGCCCAAUGUACAUAUAGUUUUGGGGUGGGGUACUUUAAUAUACACACAAGUGUUUUUAUUUAAUGUUUGUAGUUUGGGUAACACUAAAAAACAAAACAAAAAAAAACCUAUCAGUUUUUUUAAUAUAUCUUCCAUAUUUCUGUUAUAAUUGUUAUUCCAGACAGAUCCAUUCUUUACUUGACUUUUGUAUGAGUUAUAAAAAAAAAAAAUGUACUCCUUACUGCCAGCAAGUAGUUUAUGUGGUAUUGAUCAUUUUAUAGGGGUUCAAUUGCAAAUGUCUCCUUUCAGGAGCAAGAGAAUUUGUACUGUAAAUGAAGCUUGAUUUAAAAUAUCAUAUUUUAUUAAAAUAUUUAUGUCACUAAAUAUUUUAAGGCAGAGUACAUAUAUUCUAAGCAUCCGUGCUAUUUUUAAAUGUUAUUAAAUGGAGUGUAAAAUGAAAUUAUAACAACAGACGCAAAGGUAAUUAUUGUAAAGUUGUCUCCCGUUUAUGUCACACCAGGCUAAAUCACUAAAAUACUAACCUUUUUAAUAUUUGUGAUGCUGUCUGAUAUUACACAGACUUGUUUAUCAGUUUUAAUUAUAUGGCAUACCUAGCAUGUGUCAUCUGCUAAUUAUCACAGAAAAAUGAAUUCCCACUUCUCAAACUAUAAUUUAAGAUCACCAGUUGUGCUUACCCAACAAGAGGCUUGAUAUGGGAAAACAAUAAUGCAGUAGGUGAAAGUUUAGGAUCCAGUGAUCAUCAGUCAGUGUGGUUUAAUAUAAGAACAGUAACUGAGUCACACCACACGAAAACAAAAGUUUUAGACUUUAAAAAAACAGACUUCUAAAAUUAGAAUAUGUGUAAAGGAGUCAUUAUCAUCAAACUGGAGCAAUUUAAAUGGAGUCCAAGAGAAAUGGGAUUAUUGAAAAGUUGCACUGCUGAAGGCAACAGAAAAUUGCAUUAGGCUUGUCAGUAAAAGCAAAGAAAUUCAAGAAACCACUGUGGUACUCCACAGAUGUGGC